CGGACAUCCUGCGCGACUUACUCCAUAAAGAAAACGCUUUUUUUUUUUAGAUGCCCACCCGGUUCCUUUGGUGAAGUGUGACGGUACAGUCUGUUAUCAUGUUUAUUUAUUACCCCACUUUGAUUUUUGGGUUUCCUGUUUCUACCUAUAGAGUUUACCCCUCUCUUGGUCAAUAUGUGUGUGUUUACCAUGCAAUGAAUGGGGCACUCAGCUUCCUUAUAUAUGGGGGGAGGGGGGCAGUGUGUUUAUUGUAUGUUUUUAUUGAGCUCCAUGACAUUCUGUAGAUAUGGCAAGGCUUAUUUUGUGCUGCUUCAUUUCCCUCAACAAAACUGCAGGCAAAGACUAAGAGACUGUGUGGAUAUAGAGUGCCAGGUUAAUGUAAUAAAAUAAAGAUGAAAAGUUACAUUUUACAUCAUUUCUGGAUACACCAUGUUUUCUUGGUGUAUGUUUGUUUGUUUAUAUCUUAUCUUCAACAUGAGAAAAGUGCAGUUCUGCAGUGUGUGCAGUAUUCUUGUGCUGCAGCGUAAAAAAUCUGUAAUGAAUACAGUUCCUUUUGGAAUAAACCCUCGAUUAACUAAUACUUUCUAAUUACUUCCUACAGUAUAUGAAUUCCACAUACUGCAAAUAAGCACUUGUCAUUAUAUGCCCUUGAUUUUGACAAAGUGAUUUGUAUCCAUUAUACCCAUGGUGUGUCUGGGAAAAAAAAAGACUCCAGACAGGAAUGUCAUUGCAUGGUUGUAUUAAAAAUAAAUAGUCCAAUUUAUGUGAAGUAUUCAGUGUGGUAAUAACUAUAGCAACCUGCAUGGUGCCAUUCAUAGAGACUGACAGCCUAAACCAUUAGCAUUGUGGUGGGGAUUCUUAUAAUGAAUACCUUGAAUUAGGUACCUGUGACAGGGAGGGGUGCAAAACCAAGGAGUUGACCUAGAUUUUCGUGUGUGUGUGUGUGUGUGUGUGUGUGUGUAUAUAUAUAUAUAUAUAUAUAUAUAAAAGCCAGCACUCUGGGUCUUGUAAAUAAAAACUUCUCAGGUUUUAUUCCAACAGUCAACGUUUCAGUUCCAAUAGAACUUUCUUCAGGACAUUAUAUAUAUAUAUAUAUAUAUAUAUAUAUAUAUAUAUAUAUAUAUAUAUAUAUAUAUAUAUAUAUAUAUAUAUAUAUAUAUAUAGAGAGAGAGAGAGAGAGAGCGAGCAGCCUCUUGGUGUCAAACAUAUCUAUACAAUUUUGUUUUGUGUCAAUUAAUAAAAUAAUGAGUUUUUAGAUGCAUUUACAGAAAAUGAAACUGUCAUAGGUACAGCGAUAAGUGUUGGAGAGACUGCGAAGGAUUGGGCAAUAUGGCCCACAUAUGGUGGUAUUGCCCAAGACUAACUAAAUACUGGAAAUCGAUACACGAUUUAAUUGUUAAAGUAAACAGAAAUAUAGACAAUUUCACAUCUGAACUAGCUCUAUUUAAAAAAAUUCCCUGAAUCCAUCAGUAGAAUAGAUAGGAUUAUAGCAGGCCACAUACUGAUAGCUGCCACCACAUGUCUACCUAGAUAUUGGAAGUCUAAACAUACACCCUCUAUCAAGGAAGUACUGACACUAACAUUAGAAAACAAAGCAUACGAACUAUCACAUAGAAUUAACACACACAUUUUUGCACAAUUAAAACACCACUGGGAUCAUUGGGAAACCGAUGUCAAAAAAACACAUAACCUGUAAUAACUUGUAAUGUCGUGUUAUUCAACUCAAGUGCCUUGUACUUUAACAAAUUUACUGUUAUAAUGGAUGGAUAUCCCCCCCUUUUUCUCCCCCAUCUCCCAGUUUUCACGCUUCCUUUCCCUUCCCUAAUAUAUUGUUCUUUAUUAUUUGUAAAUUCUGCAAAAAAUUUUCAAUACAAAUUAUUUGAAAAGAAAAUGAAACUGUAACAAUGGAUGUAUUUAGUUAAAUUUAGUUUGUUUCAAGAGUUUAGCAUGAAAAAGAAAUGCACUUUUAGUUUUAUGUAUUAGAUUUAGGUAUUUACAUUUUUAGUUGUCAAUUUUACCUUUAACAAGUACCUUGAAAUGUUUUCUAGAUAAAACCGCUCAAAUGAAAAAGAAAAACCAAACCAGUGAUAAAGUGGUGGCAAAGAAGAUGAGUGCAGAAGCUGCAGACCGGGAGGCAGCCACCUCCAGUCGCCCUUGUACUCCACCUCAGACUUCAUGGUUUGAAUUUUUGUUGGAAGAAUCCUUGUUGGAAAAUCAUUUGAAGAAAUCUGAUUCAGGUGAUCACAUUGCUCUUUGUCGUUUGAAGCAGAGAGCUGUGGGAAGGUGGGGGUGCGUUAUGCACUAAACUUUGGAGUUUUGUGUACUGUUAACCAAAUAAAACGCUAAAAUAGUCAAACUGGGGCAACUGGGUUUUUUGGCCUGAAGAUUGACAUGUGGGUUUUACUUCACUAGUUAGUGAAUAAACCCCAUAAAACCUUUUCUCAUUCCAGAAAAAUAAAACUACACUGUGUUGCAGUAAUAAGCAUACAGGUAGAGAACGGACUGGCACAAUGAUGUGUAGACAAGGCACCAUAAGACACCAGUCUGCCCUCUCCAAGACCGCUCUGCUAGGAGUAUAACCAGUAAAUACCAAUAACAAAUAAUACAUAAAAUACUAUACAUACAAUAAAGUAAAAUAAAAAUUACAAAGUCUUCAUAAACACAUAUAGCCCAAAAGGAAUCUGUUGCAGCUUUAAAGAAGAAAUGUCCUGAAUUUGUGUGUUAACUGCUUAGUUGAUGUGCCAGAAAAGUGCAAAUCAGAGAAGGAGGGCUUCUGUGGUGAAGUAAGUUUAUUCAAAAAUAAGGAACAGAAUACAAAUAUGCUACAUUAAAAAUAAAUAAAAGUUUAUAAGUAGAAAUACAAAUACAAAACUAUGAGAAAUAUAAAAAAUAUAUAUUAAAAAAAAGUAAACUCUGUGGGUACUUAAAUCACACACAAUCCCCUGUGAUAAAGUCUGUGUGCUGGUGAGUAGAAUGCCAGGUGAUGCCUAAUAACGUACAGGUCAGAGCUGGACAAAGAGGAUAACUGGGAGUUGGGGAAGUGUUGUAUAUUCCGUCCACCCAGAUGGAGGUAAAGCUCAAAAGGUGUUUGCAGAGCCAAUAUAAUGGUGCCUCCGGCGGCGCCCCAAACAAUACCGGGAACUAGUGGAUACGGCAGAUCACUGGGGACAAGAAAGUAUGGAGAAAUCGUCCGCUCCUUAUAGUUUCAUGAGUAUGCACUCACUUCCUCAGGGAGUUUGGACGAUCACCGAUACAAUCAUAGAGUUAUAUCCUUGAUAAGUUAAUUGUAAUUCUUAAAGGGAUAACGAUACCCAGGAAGAAAAAAGGAGGGAGUGUUUACUAAACUCUGUUUUAAACAUGCUAUAGUAUAAUAAAAUAAUGAAAUAAUAACAAUAGGAGUAUAGAUACUGAUAGUAGGUAAUACUUCUUAAAAUACAUAUAAAGCAAUAGAUAUGUGUUGCAUAAAGAAGUAUGUAUAUCCUUAUCAAAAAAGGUUCAGAUCGAGUACUACUUUUUUUUUUAAGACAUACUGAUUUAGUGAGCUAAAACUGUACUUAAAAAUUAAAACUAAGCAAGUGUAUAUUAAGCACACAUUGUUCUAAAGUGAGCCAACAUAGUAUCAGAACGUUGUAUCAAAGAGAUGUGUGUAUAAAAAGUGCUAGUUUCACACAGCAGGAUACUGAGUCUCAAUCAAUGAAAUUUUGUAAUAUAUCCACUAUAUAAAACAUGAGAAUACAUAGAGGAGAUGAUUUCUUUAAUUAGUCCCCAGGUAUUGGAGAGGGAGUGAUGGUGCCAAUAAAAUAUAAGUAAACAAAAAAAAUAUGAAACCAAAUUAAGGAUAUAAAUAAAAUACUAAAAUAUUAUAAAAAUAAAUAUUGAAUAAAAAAUAUAUAGAGUAAAUUAAAUUUAAAUUAUUAAAAGGCUGCUAUAUCUAGGUCUUUAUUGAGGCCCCCAUUCCAGAGUUUACAAAGCUUGAAGAUCCAAUCUGAUUCCCUUCGUCUGAGGGUUUUUAAUCUAUCACCUCCCCCUGAGGGUCGGUUUGAUUGAUUCAAUGCCCUUCACUAUUAGAUCUUUUGAGUUAGCUCCAUGAUUUUCUGCAAAAUGGAUGGGUACACCAUAAUUGAUGCAUUUGUUCUUAAUUCCUCUUAGGUGUUUCCCUAUUCUUGUUUUAUUUAUAUUUUUUAUUCAAUAUUUAUUUUUGUAGUGGUAGACAGCCACUAGAGGAGGAGUAAACCCUCAGAAGUAACUAUUGCAGUUUAUAAAAACUGCAAUAAUUAUAACUGCAUGGUUAAGGAUGAUGGGAGUUUACACCCAGACCACUUCAAUGAGCUGAAGUGGUCUGGGUGCCUACAGUGUCCCUUUAAGUGUAGAUUUCUUGGAUAAAAUUCCUGUUCCUUUUGUGAAACUUGGCAAAAUUAUACCACAACACACAACUUGGUAAUUUUUAGGGCUUGAAAAAGGCACCGUAGCAUGCCAAAAAAAUUCCACUUACAGCGUUUGAUGGUGGAAUGAAGUUUAACUGAAAUGAGAGGAAAUACGCAUUGAUCAUGGGGAAAUAUUGAAGCAAGCAUACAUGACAAAAAGAUAAAUAAUGUGAUGGGAGAGCAAUUUAAAUGAAGGAAGGAAAGAGUUUGAGUUUUGACACACAGAAUGCUUGACAGCAGAAUAUAGCUAACAUAGUAAAGGUAUUGGUAUACAAAAUCCUUGGGAGCCAAAAUGUAUAUUGUUAAAUUAGGGCUCCAAAUUUCCACUCUCUUACUAAGCAUUGCUGGGUAAAAUAUUCAGCUCUGGUAAGUAGAAAUGUGCCCUCCUGGCUUCCAGUGGUGAGUAACCUUUAGACUUGUCUAGUAGCAUAGACUUGGAAUUCCGUGUCCUGAAUAAAUAUGUUGUUAUUCCUAUAUAGGUCUGGUGUUUAAGUUAAAGAUGCGUUUGAAAUGAAGGAAAAUUAUUCCCAAUUUCUACUGCAAAUAAGUAGUUGGAACUGCUGUUUUUCCUGAAAGAUUUUCAACUUCAUUAGAUAUGUAUACACAUCACAUUUAUGUAAACCACUGCAUAUAUAUAUAAAUAAAUAUAUAGAUUAAUCCAAUUGUGCUAUAUUCCAUGGAAUAUUCAUGUUCUGCUGUUUCAUAGUUUCCAUACUUCCUUUGUUUAUAUCCCACCAGACCCUUCUCCUGUCCAGUUGAUUGUCCAGUUUUUAGAGCAAGCUUCCAAACCCACGGUGAAUGAGCAGAAUCAAGUGCAACCCCCGACUGACAACAAAAGGAACCGCACUCUAAAACUGCUGGCUUUAAAAGUUGCAGCCUUUUUGAAAUGGGACCUUGAUAUUUUGGAAAAGAGGUAGGUUAAGAGAACAAGUGAAUCGGGUGACUGUUUAUAGUGCCAUAUUCUUUAAUUCUUAUUAUUUUACUGUUACUUUUAUUGCUAAUUUAUGAGGUUGAAGUCGUGUUUGUGUCAAACACAUUUUAUACCUAAAUAAACAUCCCUUGGUUUUACUUAUAUUGCACAAGACUUUCCAUGCCUGUUCCCAAACACUAUUAAUAGACCAGAUUUCAAGGAGAUAUUUGUUUGCACGUGAGUCAUGUUCCUCUUACUAUAGCAUUAAUGAGCCAUAGGUUUAAAACUUAACCCAUUUAUGGUCACUGAGAAACGUUCUGACUGUUGCUACUAUUCUGUGUAUUAACUACUCCAUGUCAUUCUCCCUUGUUUUGUUUUGUCUCAUUAGUUUAUCCGUCCCUGUCCUGAACAUGCUGCUGAAUGAGUUGCUAUGUGUGAGCAAAGUGCCUCCAGGAACAAAGCACGUAGACUUGGACCUCUCCAGCUUGCCCCCAACUACUGCCAUGGCUGUUAUGCUUUACAACCGAUGGUAAGGUUUAUAACAUUUGCAAAGUGUAUGCUACAUUCUACUUUUAAAUGUGUGUAUGUUCAGAUAUGUAUUUUGUUUGCUUAUUUUUCCAAAAUCCUUAAACACAGCUUAGAUUAACUUCAGCUAGACCGCUCCCUCAUCUUAAAAGUCUGUUGGGUCUGAUCUUAUCCCAUAAACCUUUGUCCACCAGAGCAGUUUAAUUUCCAGCAACAGGUCCACUCAUCACCUGAGAAUGAGUGGACCUACUCUAUAAACUGAUGGCAGCUAGUCAUGUGUGUGAUGUGCACAACUUGGACAACAUUAAUAUAAAAUUAAAUUCUGACUGACACAUUGGAAAAUUUAGAAGUUCUGAACGGAACGUGGAACAUAGCUUACUCUUUCGCCGUGAAUUUUGCAAUAAUACAAAAUUGUUGUGCUUAAAGUAGAAAUAUUUAUCAACAAUACGCAGUUUGCCCAUCUUGUCUUCUGAAUAGAAGUUCAUAGAUCUCAAGUUUAAUGAUUUUCAAGGUACUUUCAAAUACAUAUUAAGUAUUUUCACUUGUUGCUAGAGCUAAGUUAAUAUUCAAUAUUAUUUUCAUGGGUUAAGCAGUUAAUUGAAUAUCAAAUUGCAUAAAGUAACCAUGCUGUGACUGUAGCAGAGUCGUAUAUUUUUUCCAAAUUUUUUUCGGAAGGAAGUUUGCUGUUUAGAUUUGUAUUCGCUGUUUAGAUUCAUAUGGAUUCUAAAUCGGAACAUAUCUUCAUAAUUUGGAGGUAGCUUUUUGUAAAUUAUAGAGGAUGCUAUUUUUAGUGAAAUAUACCUGUAAAGUUAAAACAGACCCAAUAUCUAGUGAAUUAUUUUUAUUGACUGUUGCCUUGGCAGAAUUAUGUCAUAACAAACAGCAGGUAGAAUAAUACUUGAGAAUGUUUUAAUAAUACAAGAGAACGUUGCAAUAAGAAUAAAAUACUGGUGCUGGGAAAAUAAUCUGCUUAUCUCAAACUGUUCCUAAAGCGUUUGAUAUUAAACUGGAUGGUGGAGCCCCAGGCCAUUCUAGUCUACUACAAGUUGUUGUUGUUCUGUUUCUCAGAGUGUCUGUUUAAGGCAAUGUAGAAGUUAAACAGAUUUAAUUCACUGGUCUCCUUGAUUCAUGGAAAGCAUUCAUUUAUUUAUUUAGGGCCAUUAGGACGAUUGUUCAGAGCAGUUUCCUGGUAAAACCUGUAAAGCAAGGACCUCUACAGCCUAACAUGUAAGUAUAUGCCUUCUGUUCUUGUACCAAUUCACAUAAACAUACUCAUUUUAUUUUAACCUUUUAUUUACCAAAGCUUUGUGUAUUUAAAGUCUUGCUAAGGAGAUGCUAAAUCUUGCUAAUUAAGGAGCAUGGAAAACCCAAAUGAACCUGCAGGCUGCAUGCCCCUUUUAGCUUUCUUAAGCCAUUUAAUUUUUUGGAUACACUUCUUUGGGUUGCAACAUUGCUAAAACCACAAAUUAUUUUAUUUAUUUUAAUGGCAAGCUUUUUUUAAUUGUUUUAAAAGAACAUAUAUGGGUGAAGAUUGAGCUUCGUUUUAUAUCAAUUGUUCCAAUUUCUUUCCAGUAUGAAUCAAAUCCAACAAGAGAAGGAGCUUACAGAAAAUAUUUUGAAAGUGGUGAGUUUCUUUUAUUUUGCUCUUGAACGUAUCUGAAGCCUUUAUAUCUAGAACCUUAUGCAGUGAGAUCAAAGAUGCAAUGUAGCGAUGCGACAAAAAUGAAUGCUACAUAUCAGGCAAACUGAGAUCAGUUCAUCUCAUGGAUUUCCUUCAAUUCCAUAUUGUACAGUAAAUCCGUUAUUUGUGCUUGGUAAUCCUAUAUAAAUUUGUUUGCUGAGUAAAGAAAAUGAAAGUGUCUAAUGCAAACCUAUAUCACAUGUAAAACAGUGUAUUACCAUAGCAUGCAUGUUUAAUCAUCCUGCUACAUCAGCUAGCACACUUUGAACUGUGGUGGCUUUCAUUGUCUCUGAAAUUCUAUUUUAUCUCUUACCAGGGUGCUGUCCAGAGGAGUUUGCUCCUUUUUGCUGUGCCAAACAUUACUUUGUUUGCAUCUCAGUAUGUUGGCUUGCAGAGAUGUUCAUGCUGUUGUGUUCUUUUUUGACUAGUUACUGAUAGCAAAUACAUAAUGAUGUAAAAUUGUGGUGUGAGUGCAUGAUUGCACCAGAUUGUGUAACAAUUAAAAAACUGCUACCAUAUCUUAAUAAAGGUUCCUCUGCACAUUCAAAUCAACCAGACGUUAAACAGUGCACAUUGACAAUUGCUUUCCUUUUCAUUGCAGCUAAAAGAGCAGGCAGAGGAUUCGAUCACUGUACUAGAGGGAAGUCUAAAAAUGAAGAGAGACUUCUAUGCCCAUACCAUGAGAACCUUGGAUCUGUUGGCUAUGGAGCCUGGCAUGAUCAAUGGAGAGACAGAGAAUUCAACAGCUGGGCUAAAAAUUAGUUCUGAGGAAAUGCAGUGCCAGGUAAAUAUAUACAUUGCAGAUGUAUGAACUGUUUAUUCAACGUUCUACUUUCAGUCCAAAGUAAAUGAAUAAUCAGGGUAAUUGUAAAGCAGGAUCUUGUCCGAUGCCAGUUGUUGCCUAUACCUGAUUCCUGUCUUUUGCUGUGGUUCUGAAUAAUUCCAGGCAGGAGAACAAAACGAGUACAUGUGUGAACAGUUUUACAUAAAGUUUACACGAAAAGCAUGUGCUUUCACUGGCAUCAAGGUUGAGCCUUUGUGUAGUGUGUUUGUUUUUUUUCCCUUCAACUUAUCCACUUUAUGAUAUAUUAAAGUUAUUUAAGAGGGAGCACAGAAAAUUAAAUGUUUACCUUAACAUCCCAAUUUCUGUAAAGAGAGCAUACCUCUUACAAGCAUUUACUGGUUGGAAGCAGCAUACUUUGGGUGUAAUGUGUUGCAGCUGGUAGUAAUUGCAUUCCUUCCUAUUAAGCCAAGUAUAUUUUUGCAUACUUUGUGCGUCUCGUGUAUAGAUGAGGUUUGAGGGGCAUGACCAUAUAUAUAUAUUCUUUUUAAUUUUUUUAUAUAAUGAGUUAAGGAAAAAUGAUGGGAAAUUAAAGAUGUGGAGAGGGUUGGGAUGAGCCUAAAUUCUAAAUAUUAUUUAUUCAGUUGAUUACCUGGGCAGAAGGAGGGGAAUAGAUAUUGUAUGGUAGAUUGUAUUGCCAUUAAUACAAAGGAAAAAAGCUGUUUACAGUAAGUAAAAGUUCAGGCUUUGAUUUCAUAUUUUACAGGUAUCCUAUGACCUGGGGACUGUUUAUUUCCACCAAGGAGCCAUAAACCCACUGUGUUAUGAGAAAGCCAGAGACCGUUUUUUUAACACUAAGCAACUCCUUUCAAAGGUAACCUUUUAUUAUAUCUCUCCCUGUCUAGUUGUAUAAAGGAGCAAAGGGUUUUUUUUUCUCCUAUCAUUCUGUUUAAUAAAGUGACAAAAAAUAAUGUUAUCAGUUAGGCUAUUGUUCAUUCAUAUUAAAUGGCAUAUUCAGUUUGUUUACACUGUGGUUAUAUGAACGCAUAGUGUGAAUAGACUGGGAUGAGAACACCUGAUAACCGCAUCAUUUUUUUUUUUUUAAUUACAUUUUAUUGUUUUAAGUACAAUUAGGGCCUUAGGUAUUGACUCACAAUAAUAGGGAUGUAUGUUUUUCAUCCUAAGUCUUAUGUGUUUCACUAUAAUGCAAUAUUAUUAUGAUUGUUAUUAUUUAUAAAGCGCCAUCAAAUUCCACAGCGCUGUACAACGGGUGGACUAGAAGACACGUAUUUGUAACCAGACGAGUAUGACACACAGGAACAGAGAGAUUGAGGGCCCUGCUCAAUGAGCUUGCAUGCUAGUGGGAGUGGGGUAUAGUGACACAAAAGCUAAGGGUAGGGUAGAAAUGUAGGUCUAAAUGUUGUUUGGAUAUACUAGCAUAGACGAUGGAUACUAGGAGAACUUGACUCUGAGAAAAUGUUUCUAAAUUAUAACAUUUUGUAAAUUCUGUAAACCCAUUUGAUAACUCAAUAAGUAAAACUUAGUAUUUUUAUAAUCUUUGUAAAACCCCAGAAAAAGCAACCAUUUUGAUCAACUAAGAAACAAACCUAAAUGUUUUAUAUCUGUUCCUUUUUGUUUUUUUCUUAGAUUGGCGCUGCAUCAAACCUUUUCUCAAUAGAUGACAAGAGGCUAGCGGGAUACUGUCAAGCAUGUGGAGUUCUGGCACCUUCAAAUUUAGUUGUCCAGCAGUCGACACCUUACAGCCUGAUCCAUAGUUACAUGAAGGCUGGCAAUUACCAGGUGACUCAGUAACUUUCUAAGAUCACGUUAUUUUAUUUAUGUAUCACUAUCUCUUGUUUUUUUGUUUUUUUUUUCUUUCUUGUCAAAAACUGUACAAGGAAAGAAAAUGACAAGGUUUAUAAAAGCUUUCUCUCUAAAAAUAAAUAAGUUAAAGGACAGGCUGGUUUUAACCCCAUAAAUCAGGGCCUACAUGUGGGUCCUCCUGCUAUUUCAGUUUGUCCCCAGUGAUUGGAAUUGGAACAUAUUAAAUCACCCAGGCACCAAAUGUUAAUUACAUUUUCGUUAUUUCCAUUUUUUGCUCAUUUUAAUUUUUUUUUCUGUUUUAAAGGGCAUAUUAAAGAUCUUUUUGGAAGAUAAUGCUACCUGCAGUUUACCGGACCAGUUUAGACAGUCUAUUCUGCGAGAACUUUUCCAGAAAUCACAGCAAGGGUAAAUAACUGUAUAAAUAGACUUUUUUUGUUUUAAAGAGGUAUGUUUGUAGAUUCAAGGGACUGAUUGGCUCAUUGUCUAGAGCUGCGGCAAAUAAUAUGGAUUUUUAACAAUAUGGCCCUGGAUAUUUAGGAUCCAUAUCUGGAUUUCGGUUGCAUUUGGACAGGCUGAAAUCCAGCGGACAUUAAAAGUCCAUUUGGAUGCUGCUUUGCAAAAGCUGAAUAUAUGAUAAAUUUUGUAAACAAUGUUCCGACUUUCUUCGAUAACUCUGAUGGAGUUAAAGGGACACUCUAAGCACCAAUACCUUCUAAUUUUAAUUAAGUGGUUUUAAUGCUUAGACUCUUUCCAUUUUGCCUGGCAGUAUAAAAAUUGCUGUUCCUGAGAAACUGCAAUGGUAAUGUUCCUUCCCAAACCACACCUCCAAACUGAUGACCUUCAAUUUGGAAGGUCUUUGCAUUUGGUAUUAUCUUUCAUUGUAUGAUGCCGCCCAUUACCGUGAAUGCUUUAAAAAAAAAAAAAAAAAAAAAAGAAUUGUAGUCAGUGCUUUUCUGUAAGAAUAGAUUUGUUUGGCAGAACAUUGUGAUUGCCCUGUAUGCACCUUUGGUCCCCAAUGCAUUAGAUAAGAUUGAGAUCAUCACUUGUGGAAGGGAGUGCAAAUGCAUUUUGGAGUUCAUCUCAUCGCUGGAAUUUUCUUUUCCUCAUUUAUUCUUAUAUAAGGGGGUCAUAAUUUAAACUAUUGAAACUAAUAUACGAAGAUUAUUUAUUUUAACCUUAGAGUGCUCUUUUUAAAAUUACCUUUUUGGGAUGCACAGCCCGACCCUGAGGUUUUUAUGAGCUUUGUUCCUUAACCCUGAGUGAUGUAUAAUGGAACUCUUCUCAUUCUCAGCCAGGAGACUGAUUGCACGUUAAAUUAUGGAUCAUUUUCCAAGCAUCUGAAAUAACUACUUUUUGUGUUUGCUACAAGCAAAAACACAUAUUUUGGACAUUAUACCAGUUUUAAGAUCUAUAGACGAAUGUCAAGAUCAUCUCAUGGGAGGUAUACUCACUGUAAUCUACAUAAUGAAUUGUACUUGUGAAUGUGGUGUUGCUUGUGUUUUAUUAACAUCCAUAAAAACUACUCCCAGUUUCUCAAAAGUUCUAAGAUGCUUUAUCCCACACCAAGGGUUCCAGGUGUCCCUGCAAAGAUCACUUUCUCGAAAGGAUAUGGCCUAGAAAUUAUUCUCUAUACUCUUUAAAUGAGACCUGCUAAUGUAAAAGCUUUUAUUUUCAUAUGUUGUAUAAAGUAUUGCAACCUUGAGUUUCUUUUGGAUGCUGUAAGUUUUUUCGUUCAAAACUAUUUAAUUGGGGGGCGGAGCCUGGCUGUCGGGCCAGGCAGCAGCCAUCUUCGCUGGCUCUGGUCACCAGCCCCAAUAAACGGCAAAAUUCACACACACAUAGCUUCCCAAAGCUUGAGAAAAAACCAAAAAUAUCUUGGAAAACAUCCAGGCCCCCAAUUGAACUUGAUUUAGGUCCGUAUAAAAGGAGUUACUAAGGCUGCCGACACUUUGGGCCUACUCCCGCACAUGGCUGGCACCACAUAACCUAAAGGUGAUGAUUGAAAAGCCUGCUGACAUGCAUAGAGAUGCCUGGUGCUGAGACCGCUUGGGAUGGCCGGUGGGGGUUAUCCCGGCCCGCGACUGUGGUUGCCACAGAAGAAGGUGAUCUUUCCGGCUUGGACGUCCCCCCUCCCUGUUCCUAAUAGGGCUACAUAUGCCCAUGACUGCCUGGUGAUGGUACUGCAGAAACAGCGACUUACUAUAAGGGGCUGCAUUAUGAUGUCCUUUGACCCUUUUGGGAUUGCUGACCUACUGUUGGAUCCCUGGGGCAGCUUGCCCACUUGAGAAACAAAGGCCUCUGGGUUAGGUAAGGGGCCCAGAGAGAGUUGUCCCUGGAAUGAAGAGCCCUGUGGGACCUGGAUUGCGCGGGCCUCCCGGUGUAUCAGUGGCCAUGGGGGACGCACACCAAUGCUAAGUGUGUAGGCCGGUUGCAGGAGAGAAAUAAGGAGACACAAGCUUCACUGAUACUCCGAUGGUACUGGGGAGGUGCAGUAGGAUGGUGGUUCACAGACUUUUAGUGGGGGAGGCCCAGUGGAUGGUUUUGGUAUCAGAGUGCCCACUGUGUCAUGGAGGGCUCAACUGGAGGAUUGGGACUGGCUUGGUGGAGAAAAACUGAGGAUUGACAACCUGGAGGGCCUGAGAGGAACGGACUGCCCUAAUCUGUUUGCUAACCCUGUAAUGCUGUGCUGGACUGACUGCUUUGUGGGGUGGGGGCGUCUCUUUUUUUUUAAAUUUUUUUAUUUUUUUAUAUAUGCUUAUAUUGUAUUUUAUUCUUUUUUGGGGGGUGACUGGUGCUCACCAGCUGCGCGUGCUAUACUGUUACCCAAGAAGGGGUCCAGCCACCAUAUUAUUCACUGGUUAGCUCGGCAGGGUUUGCAUGCAGGCGUUAGACCUUUCUGUCCCAGCUCCACAACGGGGAGGGGGAAAUUAAUUUUUUUUUUUUUUUAAUCAUUAUUGUUUUCGAUUCUCUUUCUGUCAUGUUCGAUAUACGACACAUGACAUAAGGUGCCUAGUUCACAAUUUAUGCAUAUCUUCAGUGGUACUGCUUGCAUCCUAUCUCUGCCUUCAAGGGCUUUGUUCAACACAGAUUACCAGCAUAGCGCUGAGAAGACCUUGGUACCCCUUUGUUCACAUACCUAAACUAAGCCUUACUAUGAUGACUAUACAUGUGGUGCCAUGUUUUCAAUCUAUGCAUAUGUUUUGUAUCACUGCUUUUUAUCCAUAUUUGACUACAAAAGGCUAUGUUCCACCAUGCUGGCAAACGCAUAACUUGUAUUACGCUAGUAAUGAUAAAUCAAUAAAAAUUAUUUAAAAUGCUUUAGAUCUUAUUUAUUUUGAUAUUUCAUUUUUUUUCAUUCAGUUUGCCUAUAUGAUUGAAACACAAUCAUCAACAUACAUUUGAUAGAAUCUGUUAUUGAUUAAUAAGGCAUUUUAAUUGUUACAAAAUCACUUGCUAUCCUACAGCAAUGAAGCUCUUUCAGAGAUCUGCUUCAAAAUCUGUGCAUGCAACACAAUUUGUGAUAUUCUUCAUGGGCGACCGGUGGGAGUUCAGUUUAACCAGCUAUUCAUGAGGCCAAAUAGAGAGAAGAUUGACUACAUUCUUGAGGUACGACUACAUUAGUUCUAUGACCUGGCCAUUGCCAUGUGUACUUCUAAGUUGUUGUUUUUUUUAAUCUUUAGUCUGAUAGACCAUUGGGGGCGGAUUUUAAAUAAUUAAAACAAAAAUGUACGAACCAUAAAGAUAUAUAUAUAUAUAUAUAUAAUAUAAUCCUAUAGGUGUGUUCCAAAUCACUGAAAUUUGAGCAAGCAACCGAAUCUGAGAGAAGAACAAUUGCAUCAUUUCUAAAGUGAGUAUCUGAGCCUUGUAAUCUUUUUUUUGUUCAGUAUUGUUUAAGCAACAACUUUUUACCCACUGGUGUAUAAGAGAUGCAGUGAAUGACUUUGAUCUUAAUAAAAUUGUGUAAUAUGUAAUACUGAUACAGACUGAGUGCAGAAAUUAGCAUAUGCUUGUCAUGUAGAGGUGUUAAAAGCAGAAGAUGUUUGUUGCUCGCUAACUAACCUGCCUCCUGCACCCUCAGUCAAUCCAUGUCCUCAAAGUGUGACAAUACUGACAUUGAAAAUGCUGAAGUGUUAUUUCCACAAUAUCAAUAUGCCAAACUGAGGCAGUCCCGGGAGACCCUACUUUAUGUCAAACCAUCCAUAAGUGGUAUGACUUAAAACUGGGGAACCAAUCCAGACUUUUUAGGUGACAUAACCAUUACUGCAAACUUUAGCAGUUCUUGUAUAUAAAUUGUUCUUUUACCUAUUUAGAGUUGUGCGUGUGUUUGGUUUUAUAGUUAAAUAGAUUUUAUUUACACGUUGUACUUAAUUGGUCCUGCGAAAAAGAAAGAAAUACAAAUGCAUGUGCGCACAUAAUCAGAUAAUCUCCAUUUUUAUUUGAAAUGUCUUCUGUAGGAACCUUUGUAUGGGGAUGGAUGAUCUGCAGUUGGUAUUCAUGAUUUCUUCCCAUGAGCUCUUUAUCAAACUGCUGACUGAGGAUGAAAGGAAGGUGUUGGUGGAACAGAUUAGAAAGAGAACAUCCCGAGUCAAUCUCUGCACCAAACCCGUGACUUCUUUCUACGAUAUUCCAGGUUAGAUGUGAUGCAUUAUGGUCCGAUCCAAUGAUCUGUGACUUCUUUCUAUGAAAUUCCAGGUUAGAUAUGAUGCAUUAUGGUCCGAUCCAAUGAUCUGGAGUCAAUCAAGAUUUAUAGUAGACAAAGAUUUCACGUAAAACAUUGGUUUUAUAUUGGAAUACUGCAUUCUUAUAUCACACAAUUGGUUGCUCAGGACAUAUUUCUAUGUGAAGGAAAUGCCUGGGAAACUGUCAGAGUUAAGUUGACUUCGCUGUGCAAUGUGGGUCAAAGUGAACUUUGUCAUUCGUGUGUAUUCUCUAUUGAUCCCAAUUCCGGUAAACAAAGCACUAUAAGCACAGACCAUUUAUUCAUUUGAUACGCGUGUGUCCUAAAACAGGCAUGAUUUCCACCAGCCUUAUAAGAGGGAACAAAUAUUACCUGAAUAAAGGAAUCGCAGUUCAAUUAAAACCAUAGCAUUGACAUUUCCAUGGUACAAAAUGUGACCGUGACCUGUGAUUGAAGGUAACAUUUCUGAAGAUAGAUUCCUUUAUAUGAUCUGUCUUUGUAAAAUCUCAGUAAUGGAAUUCAUAUGCUCGCUGUCAAUAAAUGGAUCUUCUGUUUCAGCCUCUGCCAGUGUCAACAUCGGUCAGUUGGAACAUCAGCUCAUACUGACUAUGGACCCCUGGAGAAUCCGCCAGAUCUUGAUAGAACUUCAUGGCAUGAAGUCUGAUAGUCAGUACUGGAUGGUGUCACAUAAGGUAAUGGUGUGUAUGAAGGUAUCAUGAAUUUGUGUGAUCUUCAACAGCCGCACAGCAGAUGGACGACUGACCAUGGUAUUGCACAGAUCACAGUGUUCUAAAUGGUUAAUCAUCACUUAUGAAGGCUAGUUAAAGGUGAAAGUCAUGAUUGAUCGAAAAAUUUCACUUCCCACUGUUUGAUAGAUAAAAAUGAUAUAACAAUCUGUAUAUGGGGGAACACUUUUAUGCAUAACAACAAAUAAUGAACAGGGUGUAAGCCAAGGCAGACACUCCCCUAAAUGUCAAAACGCCAUAGCAUAUAAAUAAACCAGGAUGCACACAUAAGGCUACUAAAAAAGCUAUACAUACUUAUUUAAUACCGUAGUAUAAUAAGUAUACACAAGAAAAAAAAAAAACAGAAACAUUGGGGGGGGGUCUUUGUGGCUUGUGUCCUGCCCUGAUAGGCUAUCGUUGGUACAUUGCUACAUAUUGUCUGUUAGUCUAGCCUCUGUCCACUGUUUAUUUUUUUUUUAUUUUGUAGUGCAUAGAGAUGGUACAAGCAAGCUUGAGGUGCCCCGACAGCAGUCCUCCGGCAUUUCCCUCACUGAACAUGCAGGGUUUUUGAUUAACGGGCACAAUUUUGUAAUAUAAGCAGGCUGAAUCAGUUAAAGCAAUAUAGCAUCGAUUGAAAGCCUACAUUUAAACUGCAAACAGGCUAGGUCUGUUCGUCAGAUCGUCUGGUGAUAACACGAAUUGUACAGGCAUAUAUAGAUGGUGAAUUACACAAGCUAGCACGGUUAAGCAUGUUUACAGUAGUAAUUUAGGUGAGGCUUAGAAGCAACCCUCUGGAGGGAGCCAGACGCUUAUGACCGAGCAUAUAAAAUAAUCAACUUAUGUCUAAAUGUUUAAACUAUGCAGGUAAAUAGCCUCAGUAUGUAAAUGCUAAGCUGAUAUAGGUAAGUAAGCUUCACCAAACUGAACAAGCAAGCAUCACGGUGUUAGUUAUCACAAUAUGGCUGCGGUGUAUUUCAGAGCAUGUUAGGUGGCAAGUGGUACCUCCUGUUGAGUCUAUGGGGUUGUGAGAGUCUCUGUGCUGGCAUGUAGUGCUCCUUCCCCUUUGUCACAGAUCUGGUGGUCACAGGUACUCCUCUUUGUGUGGUAGAUCUCCCCUUGUCUGGCUAGGUGGUCCAGUGAGUCCAGCACUUGUCAUAUGUGUAGGUGUACAUGUAAGUCCACUUGGCUGUUACUCGCUUUCAUCUCUCGCCUCCUGCUCUCGGUCCCACCAGGGGACAUCCGUUAUGGACAGUAGGUGUUUCUCUCUCCCAGACAGCGGCAGACCGUGAUUUUGGCGGUUAUAUUUUGUGUGGGGCCCUCCGGCUUGGCAGGUGAUGCAACCGCGGCUCAUAGAGACUCCCUGGUGUUGGAGUGGGUGGCACAGGGCUGUGAUCCGCCGCCAUCUUGCGAGGUGAGUCUUGCGGGUUCCGUGUGCCUCAAUCCUCAUGCGGCUCAAGCCAGGAUGACCCCCCCCCCCGGUCCAAAGGGGCGGAAACGGGGCUGGCAAGCGACUCAGGCAGUCGGCAUGUGGUAUUCGGGAAGGGAGACCCGGCGAUGGCUGUCCACCUCGCUCCCCUCCCGGGUAGGCCGCAGCCCUCAAAGUUCUGUUCUUCCUCCUGGGGACCAGAACUCCCAAUCUCGGGGUCUGCUGCCUCUCCCACAGCCGUGGGUAUCUCGUGGGCUCGUUUAUUGUGCGAAAGUCCGCGUUAAGUAGCUUAAGAGGCCAGGUUUCUCCGGAGCCUCUCCUGCAUGCGACCGGUUAGCAUGGCGGUCCGGCCCAGCCCCCCUUUUUGUUAUUCUUGUGUAAACUUAUUAUACUAUUGCAUAUAUAAACUAUUUAUUGCUUUUAUAGUAAUCUUAGGUGUGCAUCCUGGAUUAUGUGUGUACAUAAAAAUCAUAACAUAAAUAGAUGAGAGAUAUAUAUAUAUAUAUAUAUAUAUAUAUAGAGAGAGAGAGAGAUCUGUAAGUAUGUAUAAAUAUAAUGUGUCUAUUUAUAUAAAGUAAAAAUAAUAAGGUAAAUUUUUAAAUAAAUUCAAAGAAGUAAAUACGGAAGGGGAUAUUUUAAAAAUAUAUCUCCUGAAGUAUAAUUCUAGGCAAAUAGAACCGCAAUGAAAGGGCAGCAGUGAUCUGAUUGAGAGUGAUGGGGGUGGGGUUAGAGUAAAUAGUUGCCUGUGUAACAGCAGCAGACCAUUAGCAAGUAAUACAAUAUGUGAAGUGAGGACAUUCCAAACCUCUACGUCUAGUGUGUACAUGAGAAAUAUUUGGUUAAGGAGAGAAUUAAUCAAAUUUCUACAUUUUGUGAAGAUGGGGUAAGGCAAAAUGUAACUACAUAUUGCCAAUCAAGGAGAGGGCGGAAAACAUUAGUUCACAAACUAAUAUUUUGGAAACUUUAUGCGGUUAGGGGAGGAUGGAUUUGGGAGAGAAAUGCAGUCACACAAUGAAUAAUAAUGUCUUGUGCCAGUAUAUUAUACAUUCCAUAAUAGAGAAUACAGUGUAACUUAUUAUAUGUCUAUAACCCAUUUAAUAUUCAAUGCUGAUUGUUCGGUAGCCCAAGAUGCUAAAAAGGAUUAGUUUCCACCUGUUUAAGAAAAAUUGUACAUUUGUUCAAUAAGCUAUGGAAACAAACCUUUCCUAAUGCUCUACACAUAUAGAAUCUCUCAAGCAUUAUAUUUUGAUGGGAAAGGAUUCUUCAACACACAGUUUCAAUUUUGUUGUUUUUUUGUUUUGUUUCCUCUUUUUCUCAUUGUUCUUUCAUAUGCUGCCCAUUGUUUGCUUCCAAAAUACAUUUUGCAUUUGGUUAACUCAAAAGAUGUGUGAAUAUCUUUGCAGUGGGAAGUGCCAAUGAUAUACAGUGGAAUUAUCCUGGGGAUUAAAGACAACCUAACACGAGAUCUCAUUUACAUCCUGAUGGCCAAAGGCUUACACUGCAGUGCUAUUAAGGUGAAGCCCACUUAUUGUCUUUAACCGGUUUGAUUUAGGGAAAUAAGAACGACUUUAAAAGUCUGAAGUAACGGCUUAAAUUAAAAACUUAACAUGUUAUUUUGCACAAUGUAACUUUUGCUCCUGUCAUCUGUACUUUGAUGUGUUUACACUGGAUCUUAUUUAAGUGGUCACUACCCUGAAAAAUGUUCUGUUAUGCUUGACAAUUUGCAAAAUAUUAAUUUUGUAAUGUUGUAAUGUUGGUGCUGUGUCAAUGUAAGGCGCUAAAGGUAAAUUUACAUCAAAAGUUUGUAAAGCUGCUCAACACUCGUGUUAAUACCUCUUACAUAACACAAAAACAUGCAAACCAGAUAGUGAAAUAUUGAGUGGCGAUGACCCACCACAUCAAACAAAAAGCAGUGGAGCGCUAAAUUUAUACACUUACCCUUAAAUAAGGGUGUAACGGAUCACCUUGCACCCCGACUGGGUACCUCCGUUGAAGGAUGCUCCUAGCGCUUACAGAGGGCUCCAAGUGCUCCGCUAGACACCACAACCACCGUAGACCCCACAAACCGCUGCAGCUUGGUUGGGGGCUCGCCGUCUCCUACCCACCCUGGACCUACGACAAGGCUCCAGGUUCCACUGGGUGAACCUCUCCUCCAAGAGGGUGAAGCAGGAACAAGCUCUUAAAAGAGCUUAGUAGUGAUUAGCUAAGGGAGUAUGCAGAGCAUAGCAAUCCCUUGUAGUGAUAUAGCAAUCCCCCCAAUAAGAGACAGGACUCUAGAUUGAGGGUGAAGUAGAACUGACAGAGCUGCGGGUUUAUUGUUCUUAUAUACACAUUCUUACACAUUAGUACCACCCAUAGGGUUUUGUAAAACAACCAAUAAACAUGUACAAUACAUUCAGACAUUCCCACACAAAAUCCUCCCCUCUGCCUGUGAUACAAUUACCUUACACAAUGGGUUAAUAUAAUUUUCACAGGCAGGAAAAUACACAGUUUUACACAAUAUUCAUAACUUUAAAAGUAUGCAUCACAUUCACAUAAAACUUACAUUUUAAGCAUACUCCAAAUACCAACAUACGUCAAAAUCAUACAAAUUGGUCCAGUGGGUCAAAAGUUAGAUCCAAGUCCUUUGUGACCAAAUGAAGCAUGGCUUUUCUGCCCAAAACCAGUACCACAGAGUCUUCUGUCCUGGAGAUAAUUGGGAAGUAAUCCAAUUAUCUCCAUGGACAGAGGCAAAACUCCAUUAACCACAUGGUAGCAAAAGACAAUAAAAUACAUAAAUAUAUAUAUAUAACUGUGCAGCUAUUGCAUAAAACAGGUACAUUCAACAUAUCCCCAGAUAGCUUAGAUCUGAGCGCACAUUAUUACUGAAUGGCGCUCAGAUAACAUACAUACAGUUCAAUUGCCAUGGAGCCAAAGUUUUUCACAUAGUCUUUCGUUAUACGAAUGGGCUCCAUGGCAUAGCUAUCUGGUGUAACACUGUUCACAUAGGGAAAGUACGGAAUGACCCGGCUUUCAAAUCAAGCAUUUCAACGUGGAGCCAUAGUCACAGGGCAGGAGGCUGACAAACAGGCCACUCCAAAAACCAGUGGCGAGGUUACUUUUGCCACAAAGGGAAUAUAGUUAAAACGGUGUCUAAAGGAGAAAAAUAGACAAAAUAUGGUGCAGUAUGUCUAAAACAAGUAGAAUAUUAUAUUUUUCGUAUGAAGCACACUCACAUGGUGCAAAGCCUUAUGGGGAUAGGCUCAAAUCUCAUGCGUAGAGGUAUUUUAAGAGAAUACCAAAACUUCUUCAGUGUAGAGAUGUUGAGUACUCAGAGAUAAAGGGAGAAAUAAGACAAAAUAUAGUGUGUUAUCCUCACUAAAAACGUUAAUAAAGUAAGGUAGUCACUGCUCACCUUGUUGAGAGCCAAAGUACUGGGCUCUCAGAAUAAUGCGCACUGUGCCUUUAAGAGGGCACAACUCUUCUUUAUAGCAGAGGACACUGGCAAGAUGUGGAACUUGAAUACAUUUAUUAACCAAAAUAUAAGGUAAAUUAAAACCGCAAAAUAAAAAAAUACCACAAAUGUUCAGUCCAAACAAUGAAGUUCCCGUCCAAAGCAGUCCGAGACGCGUUUCGCCUGAACAGCAGGAUUUUUCAAUCAGUAUCGAUAUAUUAUUUUGUAAUGUUUGUCUGGGGUUUUUUUAUGCUUUACUUUUUAAAAAAAAAUUAAUAGAAAUUCUUAUACAAAUUAGAUACAUCCCAACUCCAAUAUUGCAGAAGUAACCCUAGAUCAGACUAAAUCCCAGAGGAAUUAGUGCUUCGUAUAGAUACCAAGAGGAAAAGAAAGAGCAGUGACAAGGAAGAAAAACUCCCAAGGAGGGUGAUAAUAAAGGAGAGGAGGAGACAUGGAAAUUAAGUGUUAAAGGACCAUUAUAGUGUCAGGAAUACAAACCUGUAUUCCUGACACUAGUUCUGGUACGAUUGUUUAGGCUCUGACCCCCCUUGCCUCACUUUGAAAGUUGAUUUUACUCCCCUUUUCUCCCACGCUGCUCCGGUCUCGCAGCAGAUGGCUCUGCCUGGUCCAGCCUUCAUUGCUGAGAUGAUCAAACUUGAUGAUCUCCGCCAAUCCAAUGCUUUCCCAUAGAAAAGCAUUGAGAGGCUAUUGCUCAUGCGCAGCAAACCGCUGCACCAACCACCAUAUCCUCAUAGAGGUGCAUUGAAUCAAUGCAUCUCCAUGGGGACCGUUGAGCGCCUCCAGGCAGAGUGUGGAGACACUGAGCGUAGGUGCUGUACACUGUUCAGCACUGACACAGGAAGCACCUUUAGUGACCUUCUGAGUGACAACCAUUAGCGGUGUUACUAGCCACCAAUGUAAACACUGCAUUUUUUUCUGAAAAGGCAGUGUUUGCAAAAAGCCUGCAUGGACAGACUAUAGACACGAGAACCAUUACAUUAAGCUGUUGUGGUUCUGGUGACUGUAGUGUCUCUUUAAGGGUUAAAAAAAAAAAAAAAAAAGAAAUAACUGGAAUGAGGACUACUAACCCUUUAGUGGCUUAAUCGCCAGUCUUUCCACACCCCAGAAUUCUGCUAAUAACAAGAUUUUACUCUUUUUCUUGUUCUUCGUCCAGACAGUUUAACCAGAUGUUGGUAGGAUGUGCUCGUAUACAGGGCCAGAUUAACGCCGUUACGACGUUCUAUGCCGUCACCAUUUAAAUGGGCUUUAAAGCUGUUAUGGCGGCAUAGAACGCCGUAAUGGCUUAAGCCCCCAGGACCACGGCGGUACUCACCUCCGCCGCGAUCCUCUUCGGGAGGACUGCAUGACAGCCCAGACAGCCCUCCCCCGGCAAAUGAGGCCCCUGGGAGCCAUGUGAUCGCUCUCAAAGAGCGAUCACAUGGCCCCCUAUAGCUGGCUGUGGAUCUGCCAGCAGGGGGACUGUCUGAAAUGUCAGACAGUCCCCCUGCUAGUGGGAAGUAUUAAAAAAAACCACAUGUUAAAAUAGAUCAAAUGCAUUUUUAUAUAUAUAUAAAAUAUAUAUAAAACAAGAGGGGGUUGGCUGCACUCACCUUAUCAUCUCAUCUUGUGUAUUGUAUUAUUUGGCCCCCAGCAGCACCCCCAUUUAUGCAUGUUAAGGUGAGUGCAGCCAACCCCCUCUUGUUUUAUAUAUAUUUGGGAGUCUAGCCAACUCCUUGGUUUUGCACCCCUCCCUGUCACAGGUGCCUCAUCCCAGGGCCCUAUUUAGCCUUGUACUGCAGAGAGCCCCAGAUGGAAUUUCUUUCCCCAAGUAGGUUAAUCUCAUAAGAGCAGACAUUAGGCUGUUAGUGUAGGACCUGCCAAAGAUGGGGUACAUUGACGUUGUGGCAGGCUUAUGCAAUGUAUGAUCAUAUAAUGUAACUAAACCCCCAUUAUUUUUGCCUAGAUUAGGUGUUUUUAAAAAAAACAAAUAAAAUCUUUCAACAUUGAAGUUGCUGUUUAGUAGGUGAGUGCGCUGGAUCUUGUGUAUUAUAUAUGUAUGUAUAUAUAUUAAAAUUCUACGUGUAUAUUUAGGAAUAUUUUAACAUAAUUAUGUGAUUUAAUUAGUUAAAAUUUGAUUGACAUGCCUGACAACCCAGGCAAAAUUGCAGAGAAUUUGAAUUGCAAGCACUAUAUUUAACCCUGUAACUUUCCAGGACACCAUAAAACCUGUACAUGGGGGGUACCGUUUUACUUGGGAGACUUCGCUGAACACAAAUAUUAGUGUUUCAAAAUGGUAACUUGUAAUACAACAAGGAUAUUUUUAGUAAAAGUGACAUUUUUUGCAUUUUUCACAAAUGAAUGGCAUUUUUACUGAUGAUAUUAUUGUUUUAAAACACUUAUUUUUGUGUUCAGUGAAGUUUCCCAAGUAUAACAGUACCCCCCCAUGUACAGUUUUUAUGGUGUUUUGGAAAGUUAUAGAGUCAAAUAUAAGGCUUGCAUUUAAUUUUUUUCACAUUGAAAUUUGCCAGAUUGGUUAUGUUGCCUUUUGAGACUGUAUGGUAGCCCAGGAAUAAGAAUUACCCCCAUGAUGGCAUACCAUUUGCAAAAGUAGACAAUCCAAGGUAUUGCAAAUGGGGUAUGUCCAGUCAUUUUUAGUAGCCGCUUAGUCACAAACACUGGCCAAAUAUUUGUUUUUUGCUUUUUUCACACAAAAACAAAUAUGAAUGCUAACUUUGGCCAGUGUUUGUGACUAAGUGGCUACUACAAAAGACUGAACAUACCCCACUUGCAAUACCUUGGGUAGUCUUCUUUUGCAAAUGGUAUGCCAUCAUAGGGGUAAAUCUCAUUCCUGGGCUACCACACGGUCUCAAAGGUAACAUUACUAAUCUGGAAAAUUUAAAUGUGAAAAAAGUGAAAAAAACACUGUAAACACUGUUUAUGGGGGCUACUGUUGUACUCAUGAGACUUUGCUGAAUCCAAAUAUGUGCUUUUUUUGCAGUAAAAGCUAACAGUAUUAUGACAUUUACAGCUAAAAUGUGAGGCGGAACUACAGAUUUAUUUUACAAAAAUUUAAAGUUCUCACAGAUUUUUUGAUUUUAUUCAUAAAAAUUAUGUUUCAUAUACAAAUAUUUGAUAUGAAAUUAAAGCCCUGUUUCUCCUGAACAAACUGAUAUAUAAUAAGUGUGGGUGCAUAUAAUAUGAAAGAGGUGAAUUACAGUUGAACAGACAUAUAGCGCAAAUUCCAGUUUUUGUUUACAUUUUGUUUUGAUCAGAACGUGUACUAUUGACUCCGUACUGAAGGGGUUAAGCGCUCAUUGGGACUGGUGCUGACAGCUAUGAUGGGCCUAAUUUCAGAAUCAUAUUGACCGAAAAAACUAAAACAGUUAUACCUCCCAAGCAUCCUGUAUCUGGCAGAGGUGGAGCUUGAGGGAAACUCACAGGCUAUAGCUAUAAGAAAACACAUACUUUGUCUUGCUUUAAUCGUUCAAGUAAAUCCAUACAUCCUAAUAGCAGUGUCUGGUGAAGGAGGAUGUGGAUGGGUGGAGUAAAAGGGCGGGCCAUUCCACUAACGUGAAUCGCGUAACCAGAACCGCCCAAAGGGGAAAACAUGCCCAAAAACAUCUGCCCGAAGAAUUGGGUCAGCCUGGCAUGAAUGCAUGUCAGGCUGCGUGCGAAUCAUGCAGGCUGGCAAACUAAGGGCAUAGUAUGCAGACCGCAAACUGAGCUAGACAUAAAUGAGUCUAAUGAUGUGCUUGUUCCACGCUCUCUAAGGACUGUCCUCUAGCACUCGCUAGUCCACUCCUCUCCUAACCUUCUUACUAGCAGGCAGAAGCUCCUGUUAUACAGGCUGGGACAGAGAAAAGGUGUAUGUAGAAGAAAGGGGGCAUGCCACAGAGUUUGAGAGACUGAAGCAGCAAGAGCAUUUGCAUAGUGCACAAAGUCAGCUUUACCUUAACUAAUUUCAUUGUCAGCCAAGUUUUGUUCCCCUAUAUCCCUUCCAUACUUAAGCAAAAGCAUGUGAAGAGUAGUAGUAAUUUAUUUAUUUAUUUUUUAGAAAUGCGCAUGGGCCUGGAGCUGCAGCUCCAUCAGCCCCUAUGUUAAUCCGGCUCUGCUUGAAUACAUGAAAUAUCCUCAGAGAGAGGUUACUGUUGAGUGUUUUUUUCCGCAGGGUGAUCCAUUCGUUUUUUGUUUGUUUUUAUUCCUGGCAGAGAUAAAGAGAUCUUUACUUAAAGAGACACUAUUGGCACCCAGACAGCUCAUUGAAGUGGCCUGGGUGCAGUGCUCCUGUCUGUUUAAACCUGCAAUUGCAAUUAUUGCAGUUAUUGAUAAACUGCAAUAUUUACCUUUUGAGGGUUAACUCCACCUAUAGUGGCCUUUUGGUCACCUAACUACCACUGGACGUCCUCAUGCUUUGCAUGGAUUGAGGUAAUUGACAAAAUGUUUUUUUAACCCUUUCAUCACUAGGGGUGGGGGCGCCACUAAAGGUUCCUUUUAAAGAAACACUUUAGUGUUAGGAAUACAAAGAUAUAUUCCUAACCCUAAUAUGUUCCUCUGCCCCGUGCCCCACCUUACUUACCUAAUUCUAAAGUUGAUGUCUCACAUAUAAUGCAUGAUAAUAGUCUGGGUGCUUAUACCAAUCUUCAAACCGUAGCUGUCUAAUAUUGGAUCAGCAGCUCAGUUAACUGGUCUUCCUCCAGUUUGACACAAUACCUGUGGUCAGAACUGUUUUGUGCCUGUUUUCUCUUGUUACUUUCUUACUAUAUCAAUGUGUGCAUUCCUAGGAUUUUCUUUAUGCCAAGCAGUUGCUGUCUGCCUGCUUAGAGCUGGUGACUGAGUUUUCUCCUAAGCUGCGCCAGGUCAUGUUGAAUGAGCUACUUCUUGUUGACAUUUACACCCAUGAGGCUGUGCAGAACCCCCCGGUGGAACGUCUUCCUCCAGAACUGGUCAGCCGAGUCCGAGGCUACCUGGAAAUGCGGAUACCAGGUAAAGGUGUUUUUUGGUUUGAUUUUAUUUAUAUUUAUAUUAUUAUUUUGCAUUAUUGAUGUAAAUCCAAUCAGGGCAGCUACAUUUAUUUUUUUUUUAAACCUUGCACAUUUUGAACUUUUUAUUAGCAUCCCUAUUUAAAGGGGUGAUAUAGUCAACAUUAUUUAAAGGGAAUCUGUCAUUUCUCUUAAAUUAACAUUAUUGGAUAAAACAUUUUUUUUUAUACAGUAUGUUUGUUUCAAUUUUUUAUUAAAGAUUUAGCAGGAAAAAAAAACAUUCAGAUAAGGCAAAGCCCUCGGCAAACAUUGCAAAUGAGAAGCAGAUACGUAUUCUUCUCUGUAUGCUUUCUCUAUACCGACUACCAGGUGAAAAAGCUUAUAGCAAUGAUUGACAGGGUAUCAGUAUGGAGGCACUCAGCUGCAGAAUAAAGAGGUGUGGGUUACUGCAAUCAAUUUCUUUCACACUGAAAUACAUAUUUGUUAAAUUUAGAUACAAGUGAACGUAAUAUUAAAGAUCCUGAGAAGGGACAGUUAAAGUUCUCCAUUAAUGGCCUUAACCCGUUCAAACUCUGGAGGCUCUGUGUUGCACAAAGGUUUCCAUAUAAAGUGUAAUUUACUGUCGAGCAGGGUUGUUUGAGUGCAGGGCUUAUCUCACAUUGCAGUGAUGCUCCGCAUUAAAAACUAAGUUUAAGUAUUGGCAGAUGAUGGGACAUUAGAUAAGCUCAUACAAUCAGUGCAGGGGGUUUACAUAGAAUCUGGAUACAUUGGGAUGAACUGGCUAGUGUAAAAUGGUCAAAAACAAAGUUUUGUAUUUUGCAAAAAAAAAAAAAAAAAUUGACUUACAAAUAGUACUGAACAUGAUCUUGUAUUAUGCAGAUUAUUAAACAAGAGGUUUAGUGAAUAAUCCUUGAAACCAUGGCAGUGGUGAUUAAUAUAAUUAAGUGGCUACAAAGGUGCAGUAAUGUAUUGUCAUGUAUAGGAAAAAAAAAAAAAAAACGAUAGAAAAUACACUUUUAAGCUACUCUAUAAAAGCAGACGUGUGUGCAGAUGAAGUUCGUGGUGUUUUUAGUACUGGGUUUCGAAAGUUGGUCAUCGAUUCGAAAGUAGCUCAAACUCACGUGGUUGAUAUACUGUGCUUUUCCUUGGUUGAACACUGAACAGAUAUUCCUAGUCGGCAGAUUGUAGCAGAGGAAUGUGUUGCCUUCCUGCUUAACUGGAGAGAGAACGAAUACCUAACCCUGCAAGUGCCAUUGUCCUUGGUACAGAGUAAUCCCUACGUGAAGGUAAGAACGUCAUCUGACUUUUUGAACAUUCAAUUAUUAAAAAAGCGAUUUCAUUUCUGCAGUCUUGUCUCUAUCGUGCCAGUAAAUGUAAAACUGAUGAUACAAGUUUCAAGCUGAAGGAAAAUUCAGAUAAAUCUGCAUAUUUUGAGUUUAUUAUUUUUAUUUAUUUUUAUUAUUUUUAUAUCCAAAUACUGAAAUGACUUUGUUUAUUUUAUUCAUAUAGAGAGAAUGUAUUUCACAGUAUUCUUUAUGGUCUCAAAUGUGUUAGAAAUAUCUUGUAUGUCCUCUAAAACGGCAAGACUUCAGGAAAAGCAGGCCACACACAGGCCUGAUCCAUAUGAAAUAAAAGUUGUAUUUUUUGGGGGGGCAUUUUGGUAUUUUAACCAAUAUUGGUGCAAAUGGAUUUCCAUACUCUGGCCACUAAGCAAACUAACCAGUUGUGUGAUCUUCUUUUGCAGCUGGGACAGUUAUUGUCUGCCACGUGUAAGGAGCUAUCUGGUCCAGAUAGCAGGAGAACGGCUAAAGAAUUAUGGGAGGUGGUCGUACAGAUAUGCAGUGUUUCCAAUCAGCACAAGCGGGGCAAUGAUGGCAGGAUCAGUCUGAUAAAGAACAGAGAUUCUACAAUGGGUAUCAUGUAUCGGUAUGUGACUGAGGUUUACAUUUUAUCUUUUUGUGCCAGGAGUUCAUUAUGAGAGAUAGCUCAUCCUUCAGGUGGGAAGGGCAAGAAGACUUAUGUAAUAGGUUAAAAUUACUUCUGUAAAACUUUUUGUCCAGUUUGUUCAGAUUUAAUAGGCUGUACACUAUAUAAAAUGUGUGUGUGUGUUCUUAGGAUGUAAUCGAAAUCAUGCUUUUUAUUUUUUUUUCAUGUUUACAGAAAUUUUUUUUAUAUUUUCUUUUUUUUUUUUUUUAUCUCUUUAAUAUUUUUUUUUUUUUCCUUUCCCAGGAGUGAACUACUUUUUUUUUUAAAGAAGUUACGUGUAAGUAUGAAAGUUUUUGUGUCCGUUAAAAGUGCUUCUUUUUAUUAAUUUAUUUAUUGCAUAUUUUUUUUUUUCUUUUCUCUGUUUUGUUUAUACUGUAAUUAUAGUUGUAUUUGUAUGACCUAACACAAGGAUAUUCCCAUAGCAGCUUUUAGCCCUCUGCAACGUCUGUUACCUAUACCUGCCACUUUUGCGUUUUAUUUGGUAAAGGAUUGUAGGAGUUUGUUUGCCCACAGCUGGAAGUCUGGUAAUUAUCCAUCUUGGAAUCUAUUACUGGACUCUUCUAAUCUUUGCAGAGUUUAUACUAUUACUCUUAAAGUCUUGCUAGAGACUAAAGAGGAUAGAUGCUAUUCCUGGAAUAUUUACUUCUUUUACUCUCUAGCACUGUUAGUCUGCAGAAGAGGUUGUGUACUGCUUCUGUAUUUGUGUAAAGCAUUGGCCUCCUCCGUUAAUUGAUUGUUACUGCAUAGAUUAAUGGAAGUAUACAGAGCAUAUCAAUGAUUGAUUCAUACAGAAGAAUGGUUAUGGUCAUAUUUGUGACUGGUAUGAGACUGUUUUAAUUUAUUAUUUCUUUUCAUAAUCUUCUUUUUAUUUUGUUUUCUUCAGCUAAUCAGAAUUUAUUUUAUGUAUAUUUAAGUUCAGCUAUCAUUCAGCAUAACAUUGUUGCACUUUCUUGAUGCAGAAAAUAUCAACUGCAUUGAGCAUGCUAAAUUGCAAAGAAAUGUAUUCAUCUAUUUUAUAUUUCUCUAAGACUGUAUUGAUAGGGGGAGGGCACUACUUGUACUAUACUCUUGGAGUGUUCCUUUAAUCACAAAAAUACUUAAAGGGACACACCAGACUGAAGUUAACCUCCAUUUUUUUAAUGCAUUGUGUGGAUGGUUCCAUUAAAAAAAGUUUGUUCUAGAACGUUUUGGGUUGUAAUAGAACACCCCCAUGAUUUGCAUAUUCUUGCAGUGGACCAUCUGUCCGCAAGGGGAAUAUUUAAGGUUUUGUCAGUCAGUUCUACUCCACUUAUUUCUUUAAAUUGGUCAGCCUGGUUUUAUGGUGUGCAGUUCAGCAAGACAGAAGAUUCAGUUAUAAAAAAAAUCUUGAAUGUCACUUUAGUGAGGAUUUUGUAGAAAUUGUAACAGUACCACUUUAACCUUUCUAAACACUACAUCAAUUUGUUCCCAGUGCUGUAUAUGUACCUUUUAGUUGUUUUAAAAGUACACAUAUAGUAUUUUUAAUAGUUCAUUCACUAAACUGUGAAUUGAAAAACAAUUAAAUCACAUAAUUCAGGCUAAUGUAGUCAUGCUAUGAAUCCAGCUUUUACAGCCUGUAAAUAUGUGAAUAUCAAGAUCUAUCACCUAGUGAAAUCAUGACAGAUGCCUUUGAUGACAUGUUUUGCUACCAGUAUCCAUUUCUAGCACUAUUUGAGUCACACUACUGCUAUGGUGCAUAUAUUUCACCUGUUUGCCUCAUAACAUUGUGUGUAUUUUCCAAUUUGGGGUAAACCAUCAAGUGCUAGUUUCCAAUAGACCUAUGAUGAGCUAAGUUGGAACACAGUCCGAUACAUCUGUUUAAUAUGGUGGGUCUGCACAUCUCUAAAAUGCCUCAGAACUUGUGACCAGAUCCAAAGACUCAAGAAUUGGUUGACAUUUUGAUGUUGAGAAUGAAAUGUAAGCCAUACUGUGCAUAUAUUAGCCAGCUCAUCAUCCGUUUUCUGUUCAAUAGAAAGCAUGUAAAACUCACUUUAUUUUCAGAAGUUUACGUCAGACAUUUUUGGUAUUCCAUUACAUGUCUUCUAGCCAGGUGCUAAACAGAUUUUGGUGAGGCCAAGCACAAUAAAGCUAACAGUGCAUAUAAAAAAUGACAGUGUGCAUCACCUGUAUAUCUCUGGCUGGACUUUGGAAAGUCCCCCUUUGGCACUGAAAUGUGAGAAAUUGUGUUUCCACAGCAAUCCUAACGUUUUCAUUACAUAUGUUUUAGGAACCGCUGGUUUUGACAACAUUGCUGUCUCUCUUUGUCAAGCUCCAUAAUCUCCUGGUAGGUAUGAGAUGUGUUUUUAACUGUCGUUUAAUCAAUAAAAGUAGUAGAUUUGUAUGGACAUUGUAUAAUUGUUUUUCUGCAGGAAGACAUCGUGAAUGAUAUCACCGCCGAGUACAUUUCCAUCUGGCCUUCAGCCAUUCCAAAGUAAGACCUUCCCUUCUCAUGUAAAAUGUAUAAAUAUAUUUUAAACCUUAUCACUGGUGGAGUUGCCAUGUAAAUGUCUCCAGUGUUUCCCCUGCACUUAGUGUGUACAGAGCUCUAGUGUCUCCCACUGCUAAGGACACAUAGUCAAUACGGAGCUCCAGUGCAACCGUGGCAUAUCAUAUAUACAGAUUUACGUUACCCCACUUUACACAUAGUCUAUACAGUGCUCCCUGCAUGUUAUCUAUAGACGGCUUCAGUGCAACUGUGGUAUAUCAUCUAUACAGAAAUACAGAUUUACGUUACCUCACUUUACACAUAGUCUAUACAAUGCUCCCUGCAUUUUAUCUAUAGACGGCUUCAGUGCUUCUUACUGCACAUAGUCUGUACCGAAUAUUAAAAUCAUUAUUUCUGAAUUUUAAGCAGUUUACCAUCUUGGUUUAAAAAGAAAACAAUCUAAAUUUAUGUAUAUGUUUUCCUCAGUGCUCUAAUUUUCUUUGUUUUCAGCCCCCAGGCUGUAGAUGUUGAUGCCGUUUCUGUGACAGUGAAAGAACUGGUGACGUACACUUUAACAAUAAAUCCAAACAAUCACUCUUGGCUCACUAUUCAGGCUGAUAUAUAUUUUGGUAUGCUAAGUUAUUUUUCUGGCGGGGGGUGGUUCACUUUAUUUAUUUAAACAGAGUCCCUUUUUGUUUUGUUUUAAAUGGUUUUUUAUUUUGUUUGUAGUAUGAUAGCAGGUUCACAACAAGGAGAAAAUUAAAUGUGGCGUUGCCUGCGCAGAGGCUCAUUUUGAAAUAUAUGAGUUAGGGUACAUGGGCCUACGCAGAGGCCUGUUGUAGCUUUACAGUAUAACAUCAGUCAUUAACACUUCAUGAGCAUUCUAAUGCAGUGCUGAUUACGUACGUUGCGGAUUGCGUAAUGAGGCAAUUAUUAACCCUAUAUAUGCAAUUUGCCCUGCAGAGUAAAUGCAGACUUUAGAUGACUGACCCCGUAGGGUGCAUAAUAACCUGUGCAGAAUCAUAAACAUCAAAUAAUAUGAGCAUAACUGAAUCUAGUUCAAUUACCAAACAGUCACUCAAUUUAUCAUCAUAUAUAACGCAUUACUUCUGUAUAUGCAGUGGCUAAGUAGCAUUAUAUCCGCUGCAUACCAAUGCUUGGAGAAUAUAUAUGUAUAUCUAUGUUCUCCUGGACCAUCCUCUUAGCAUGGCAGCUGAUUUGUGUAAAACGUGUAGCAAACUGGGGCGUUAACCGCAAUCCUUAAUCAUGUGUAAUCAAUUUCCCCUGCAAAAUAACCUAUGCCUGUAGUGUACCUUAUAGAGCAUAUUCAGUUUUAGGCCAAGGUACACACAUGUAAGUAUUUAACAUUUAAUUCUGCUAUCAGGUGUGUACGGUUGCUAGAUUAGUAAUGAGUGUAAAGGAUUACUUUAAAAAAUAACACUACAACUAUAAAUGCUGUAUAGAAGCUCAAACCGUUGUUUAAGCGUAUGGUAGGGUUAACGUAUUUGGCAGAAGUAUUAUAUUAAUCAGGUAUCUUGAAGCGAAGAUAAAGCUUAUCCAUGGUCGUUAUAGCUUCUUCUGGUUAAUUACAGAAUAGGUAUGCCAUGAAAUUAAUGUAGAAACAUAAAAAAUGAAAAUAAAAAUUAAAUACAUAAUAAAAAAAUAAAAAAAAAACUUCAGUAACAAGGUGUAUCCUAAUCUGGGUCUAUGAAACCAUAAUAGGGGAGUCUCUCCACUGGAGGUGGCGUUGUGGUGCCCGGUGGUAAAGAAUGUCCAGCGUGAGGUCAGUGGCCUCCUGUGAGGUAUCUGUGCGGGCUUUCCUCUGCUGUGUCCUCUUGCAGGCUUAUGCCUGGAGUGCAUAUGAUUGCCAAGCUGGUCACUCAUUGCAUGGUCCCCCCAGCUCCCCUGGUGUGACUGUUUCCCUCCAGGCCUGCUUCGGCCGGUCAUUCGAGGGUUCCACAAUGCUUUGGGCACUCAGGGACGUCAGCAGCCCGGCAGACUCCCCCGCCUGAAAAGUCCUCGGGCCCCUCGUCCCCUGCACCUCCCCAACUCCUGCAGUUCCCCGUCAAGCUCCAGCCCCAUUAGGCCUCACCCCUCUCCGGCCUCUUGCAUGUCGCCGGCACUUGUCUCCCUGGCCACCGGUCUGCCGGGGGUACAACUUACCCAGACACCAUAGGGCUCACAGAGUCAGGGCCAGGCCUCCCCGGACCACCACCAAAUCCAGGGGUUAGGGCCGGCUCUGCGCCGCCCGGUGGAGUCCGUCUGUGGGAUCCGCCACCCCUAAGGGUCCAGGCGUCCCUGCGUGGCUCCCAGUAGUGAGCGUGUUCCGCGCCCAUCUUGACUCCACGUGAGAAAGGGCUCCGCCAUGUUUGGGUUUUCUGCCUCCAGUCUCCAGAGAACUGACUCAUGGAGCGGGAUCACCCCCGCUAGCCUGGUCCCUCUCUCUCGUCUGGGCUCGCUGCUUCUGCGUGUAGGCCUCAUGGGUUCAUCGUGCUCCGGCAGGGCAGGCUGCUCGGUGUCGGUUUGGCAGGUUGUGCUCCUGUGCCUCUCCCCGCUUGGUGCUUAUGUCUGCCCCGGCUUCAGGUUAGCUUUUAGUGCUGUAUUUCAGUGUAUUAUAGCGAUUCAGAGCCGGAGCUGGCAUGGAUGGCUGCUGCUCAGCUCGGCGGCCCGGCCCGGCCCCGCCCCCUUCACCCCCUUUUGUUUUGCACAACAUGAUGAAAUCUAACUUUCUCAUUAUCCAUAAAAGUACUUAUAUGGGUGAACAAGAACUGUUUGUCUCAGAUCAUUCUUGCAUUCAGCAUCGCUGAAUUAUCACAUAGACACUGUCCGUUUGGGGGUUCCUAAAGUUUCAAUGUGAAUGUUCAGCCACUUAAAGAACUUAUUGAUCUGAUGCAGGAACAUUGCACUGUACUCCAGAUCUCUUUACACACAGAGCAGGUACUGCAUGCUCACACCAUACAAGAUACUUGAAUGGAUAAGGGAUGGUUCUGGCGUGUCUGCAAUCUUAGUUCAUUGCAACAUUACCACUAAAAUAAACAGUAGUGGUUAUAGUACCUGUGUGUUUUGUGUGUAUUGUUUGGGGGGAGGGGUUAUUAUUUAUAUGCUUAGGAACAAAUACAUACAAAUAUUGCUAAUUUUAUAAAUGGAGCACAUGGAAAUAUCACAAAUAUCACAAAUACUUUAUUCUGUUAAUGUUUAAUAAAUAAAGUAGAGUAGAAGACAGAUUUGUUUGAAAGUUCAUAAUGCCUUACCGGUUUCCCACAUUGACUUUUGUGUCAAGAACAGUUAAGAGCAUCUUACCAUCACAUCAUAUUGCCAAAGAAGCGGUUAUUUCAAAGUAUACCUACAAAAGACGUAUCUCUAGUGCUGUGAAACGUUUUGGCAAAUAUCAAUAAUCAAUUAUUAAAAAAAAAAACGGGGUCUCAUUGCAGAGUAAGUCAUUAUCAUACUCCAUAUGUUCAACCAAAAGUUAAAAGAUUAUUAUAAACGUUCUAGGAAAUGUUGCUUUUUACUGAAUAUACCUGUGAUGAAGCACUAGCCAUAAAAUAAGCAAUGCGAGUGCACUGCUAACCUAGAGAGCAGAUUAUUGACAUGGAUUGCUUGUGGCCAGCAGCAAUGUAAUGGAUGAAGGAAGGAUGGGACUGAGGUACCUAUUAUCAAGUAGCAAAUCCCAGAGCAUUCUGGGUUACCCAAACAUUCCAAUUGAUGUAUCCGCUAAACAAACAUGUCGGGGAAGGAUUGUACUAUAUGUUCAUACUAGGAACAUAUGUGUGUAUGUCCAGAUUUUUGGUUUACACCUUUCGUUAAUGUCAAUCUGAUCACCUGGGAGUCAUUGGCAUUAAAUUGCAGCCCAGAUGCAAAUUCCUGGAUUUAAAUAUAGUUUUAGCAAGCCAUGUGUAGAACUAUAGUUAGCAAGAAUGGCUAGGCUUUGUUGCAGGGUAAAAAUCGUGUUUGGUCAGGGUUAUAUACAGCGUAUAUUUAGACCUGCAUUUUGCAUUUCUAUUUUAAGGUGGUGCCUCUUACUUACUUUUCCUUUCUUUCACUUUACAGCCUCCAAUCAGUAUUCGGCUGCUUUAAAUUACUACCUCCAAGCAGGUGCGGUGUGUUCUGACUUUUUUACUAAGCAAGUUCCACCUGAAGUUUAUACAGACCAGGUGAGUCCAUGAAAUAUACAGCUGCAUUGCGCAAGGGACACUGCUAUGUUUUUACUGCUACGGUUUAUUAACAAAAUACAGCGCUGUAGUGAAUUGAGAAUUGAAUUACUACAUUUUAUCUAAAAUAGCUGAUUAAAAACUCCAACUCUGCUAUAGUAACAGCUUGGUUAUUGUAGCCUAAAUUGUGCAGUUCAGUUCACUACAAUUCAGUAUCUAGUAUAUCACCUGCUGUGUCUUUCGAUUUGUGAUAUUUCAAUUUUUUUGCCAAAAGAGGAUUAAAUGACACGUUUCUGGGUUGACUUGUAAAUGGUUAUUUAAUGCCUAACAAGGCUUCUCACAAAAUUGGGAAUCUUGGGGAAUUCACAAGGACUUUUUCAAGAUUGGGUCAAAAUAUAUAAAAUGGGAAAAAUAGAUGUUUUGUUUUUUGUCCUAUCCCAGCUGUUUUGGUCUGAUUUACAGUCCCCUGUUGGAGUCCCAAUGAUUCAAAGUUCAGUAAAUAACUCUGUCUAUUUCUUGUUCCUUUUUAUUAAAAAAUCCUUGUUAUGAUAAUCCUCAUCCUCACUCAAAAUGGGGAAAACCAAAAUGCAAGUUCAUGAAAUAAAAUAUAUUGUCUGACAUGCACUUUGAGACAUAAUGGAGUUUUAGAAUUCAAAGAUUCAUCGUGAUGGAAUGUUACCUAUUUUUAAAAGAAAUCUGCAGGCUUUAAAAAAGAAGUGAGAGCACUGUGCAGAUUAAUAGACUAUCCCAUUGUACAGCUCUACAGAAGUUGCUGGCGCUAUAAACGCUAAAAUAAUAAUAAAAAUAAGUUUUAUUACCUUACCAAAUUUGCUUCAUUUAUGUUAUGUAUUAAUCUGAAAACACACAUCACAAUGCCCUCAGCUCCCACACCCACCCAUCUAAGCCGAUUUCCUGAUAUUGAACCUGGAGCUACAAAGGGCUUAGGUAUUUAUCAAUGAUAACCACAAAACCAGUGCUGUGGAAUCCGUAGACAAAGCAUUUUAUUCCGACACUUCAAUUUGUUCUCCCUGGCUCCUUCUAUGUAUUUAUAUCACAAUUACUGUAUUACAAUUUACCAUAUAUGCCUGCGUAUCAGUCAACCCUUUAAGCAUAAAAACUCCCCAAAACUACUCCAACUUUGACUCCACAGCCAUGCCCAAAACUUCGUAUAUCCUGGUUACUGAGAUGAAAAUUCAUGGUCGGUUGCAGGAGCCAUUGGUGGCCAGGCAAAACUUGUUUAGCAAUGAAAAUAAAGAAGCUGUAACCAGUAUUUAAUCAUUAUCUAAAACACUAAUAUUUAGCCCCAUAAUCUUUCCCAUUUUCUUGCUUCACAGGAAAUAAACACCCUGAACAAAUAUACAACAUAUGUUUAAUAUAAUUUGACCUCAUAUUCAUGCUUUGUUUGCCCCUUUGCAUGCAUGUUGUCUGCAGCAUAACGUAAAUCCCUAAAGCCACACUUCACAUUUUUUCACAAAUGUCUACCUAAGAGGACAGUGAAGGGCUGUGGCUCAGAGAUACAUUUGAAACUGCUCACUAUGAUCUGGGUACGAAUACUCUGAGCUCUUCUAGUAAGGAAGCUGCUUUGCCAAAAGUGGAGGCGUGGCUAAGAGGGAGGAGUUGCACUGCAGAAAGCUCCAAAAUUUCUUAGCAAUACUAAUCCUAUGCAAAUAAGUUGUGAAGGUACCCGGUGUGUUCAAAGAGUGUCCUUUUAGGCUGCUUAUAGGCUGUCUCUUAUCCUAUUGAUGACAAGAGUAUUUUAUAUUUCCUCCUUUGAUCAUUCAAAUAUUUGUAUGACAUGUUCUUGCUGUGCCCUUACUCGUGAUAACACAAUCCAGGACUGAGUUUGUGAAGGUUGUGGUUAGCCUCAUUCACCAAAUAGUCUAGUAACUGUCUCAAUCACUGUGUAAAGCUGCAGUAUGGCUACCACCUUAUUUAUCAGUUUAAUUCAUCAUAUCACAUAAAUACUGGGGGGGGUAGUAAUCUCCCGCUGUACAAUGUUUUGUAGGAUAAGAUCAGAAUCUUAAUCCUUAUUGUCAGAGCCUCUUCUUUAGAAAGGGAAAUAAUAAUUUAUAUACACACACAUAAGAAUAUGAAGUUCUUCUGUGCGUAUAUAAAUUAUUCUUUACCUUCCUAAAAAAAAAUCCUCUCUACAACCAUCUGUCUGGCCUUUUAUAGACUGGCUUUCCUUUUUUUUUUUUAAUCGACAGGUGAUUAAAAGAAUGAUCAAGUGCUGUUCUCUGCUUAACUGCCACACACAAGUGAGUAUCUAGAGAUAUUGGGGGGUGACUGUGUUUUGUUUUUGUCUUCAACACAACUUUGCUCUACAAAAUAUCUAAACUUUCAAAUGAAAGUCAUUUUGAGAGAUUUUUAAAUAUCUACCAACCCCCCUUAAUAAUUGGUCCUGGGGAAACUAACUGACUGACACCAAAACAUUUUCAUAGUCUUAAAGUAAAUAACAAUACAGCCUUAAGUGUGCAAACAAAAUCUACAAUAAAAUGAUCAAAUACUUAGUCCAAGAAAAGACUGUUCACUUUGCUCCCACUUUCCCUUUGAGAUAAAUAAGUUGGUUUUGAGUUGCAGUUUGGGCACUUGGGCCAACACUUGCCUAGGUUAUCAAUGUUUGCACAUCUCUGAGUGUCUUUAUGGUGAAUUAGCUACAUGCAUCAUCUGUGUACCACGUAAUCCAAAUUGUCUGCUUAAAGCUCACAGUAUGGGCUAUCAAACUGGUUUCAGUGGUCUUUUAUUAGUAAACUAGUAUUUGUGAAUUACGUAAUCUGUUUUGUUUAUUUUCUUUACAGGUGGCUAUACUUUGUCAGUUUCUUAGAGAAAUUGACUAUAAAACAGCAUUCAAAGCUCUGCAAGAACAGAACAGGUAAUACUGUACUCUGGAAAAUGGGGUUACAACAAUCUGUACACUAAUUCCACUCACCGCUUAGAGCUCCUCUUGUAGAGUAGUGAGAAUGACCCUAACCUUUGGCAUAUUGUUGAGUUCUGUGAAUCUUAUGAUACUCAGGCAACCAAAUGUCCAACAGCCAGAGUGCCAAAUGGAUUAAGUGAUGUAAAGAAAUACGCUUAGCACCUCCUUAACACGUUCAUUCUAACAAUGUCUUAUUCAGACAUUCUUUUUCAGGUCUUUCCUCUGCCUGGAGUCAUAAAACAUUAUAUGAGUAAACACCCUUUGAUGGUCAAAAUACAUUCUUUGGGUUUGUUUGUUUGUUUUUUUUUAACUUUUGUGGGCAUUUCAGUUGGACCUAAAAUCAUUUAAACUUUUACAAAACAAUGACAAAAUCUUACUAGUGACAGUUCUACUUUAAACUGGUACAGAGAGGAAGUGAUCAAAUGAGAAUUCCCGAUUAGAGAGUGAGAUAUAAGCUUUUAGUUUUACAGUCAAAGGAAAAGUUGACAUGUCCAGCCUUUUUGAUUCAUAGCAAAAUCCUUGAUUAUCAAUCCUGUAAUCCUCUAGAAACAAUUAUAUAUAAUGCUCUAGAAAAUGGGUGAGCUGUAGCAUAUAGAGAUUUGCAAUUCUUUCAGCUGUGAACCCUGGUUUUGGUGGCUGGCAGUAGUUGCUUAGUCAGGUUCUUUAGUCAUUUGGAAUUCGGAAUCAGAAAGAUCUGCUCAGUGUAUAUGGAUUAAGUGAAUAUUACAUCUACUACUGUGAAUUGUUCUAGGCUAUAUUAAAGACAAACCCUGGCAGUUAUUGAAUAAACCAUAUGGGGGGAAGUUUUUACAAGUUCUGUAAACGGAUGUUGGUGCAAAGUUCUAAACAUGGAGCCAUCACCAUAGAAACUGGUAGAACGGUCCUGGUGAUUCUUAGUUUCCUUCAUCAUUUCUCUACUUCUAGAACUUUGCACUAUUUUUAUGCUUGUGAAACUUUUCUAAAUCCCACCCAAAGUUCACAGGUUUUCAGAUUUGCCAACAGGCGCAAAUGUGAUAAUAUCCUGCUAUAUACCUAGUAGCCUUUAAUCCUUGUCCAUGUUUGAAGAACAACGGUGUAAUUAAUCUUGACGUAAUCAGCUAUGUGGAUAGAAAUGUUAUAUUUUGUGUUUUGUUUUUUCCCCCCCCACAGUCAUGAUGCAAUGGAUUCUUACUAUGAAUACAUAUGGGAUGUUACUAUUCUGGAGUACCUCACUUGUAUCCUUUUUAAUGUAGAAUGAUUAUGGAUUUUGGAUAUAGUUUGUGUGAUUUUGAAACCGAACUAAAGUAGUAGCCCAGAACAGUGAUUAUAGAACUUAAUGUAUCUGAAAGCUUGCCAUAUAAAGGGACUAUCCAUCUGUCAACAUACAUUGGUGAAAGCUAGAACGAUAUAAUUAUUGUUAAUAUAAUUUAUACAACGUGAACAUAUUCCAUUGCAGUUUACUGUAAGGAAAUCAAUGUGCUUAGACUGGUGACUGGUUUUAAUUUAUUUCUGUAAUUUUUAAUUAAUUUUUAAUCCAUCGAUGCAAAUGCAUAACUUUUUCACUUUUCUACCAUACUAAUUUCUACACCAGAUUUGCCAAUUAAAAAUACAAAUAUACUAAAUAAAUAGCUAAUCAGUAGGAAAGACACUUGCAUUGAAUUAAAUGUUCUAACCAUCUAAGGAGAAUGUAUUGGUGAAUUAAAAUGUUACUGGCCUGUUCUCAAUGGAGGAUUUAUAAAAAUUGAUUAGAAAAUUACCCAUUCAGGAUAAAUGCCGGGGAAUUGUUUACCUUUCCUCUAUAUUGCUCAGGAGCUUCACAUAAUUAUGAGCGCAAAAUAAAAUGCCAAUAAAGUGUCAGUCUGCAUGGACCUGAGCAAUGUCUCACAAACUUUUUUUGGCAUGGCGACUCGAAAUUACCCCGACCAUCCAGACCAUUCCUUGCUUUAGUCCUGAUCGCUUACAGGUUCACAUAUACACUCACGAAUACAUAGCUGUUUAAUUUUCCUCAAUAAAGGAAGGCUGGUUGAGUGUGAUUGUGUGUGAUUGCUGGCUAGGAGAGAAUGCCAGAGAGAGGGAGAAAUAAAGCGACACACAGAGGAGAGCCAAACAAUCUGACAGUAAGAGUGGUGGGGUGGGUAGAGUUUCUGAUUUUAAUCCACUGCUCCUUCAAACAUCUACUCACCUCCUCCCCUUCUUCUCAUUGCCAUUAUUUACUUUCCCCCUAGCCCCUGGUUCCCCUCUUCUGUUCCUGCAUGGCUUUCCUACAUCAAGUAAUAUUCCACCUCUAAUUCUGCAAAUUCAACAUUUCAAUUAAUCCACCCUUGACCUCAAGAGCCUCAAAACUUUUUUCACUUCCUCCCUUGGGCUAUUCCAGUGGACUAAUUACAGUAUAUGUAGCUGGCAGUACCUUCAAUCUUAUUUUUUUCUCUGUAACACUCCAUUUCCUCUCUAAGAUCACCUCCUCUUAUCUUUUUUGUUCUUGAGAGCCCCUUCACCCAACAUUCUGAGCCUGGAGAAACCUGAAUUAUCUUGACCUCCAUCAACUGAUUCUCAACUCUGAUCCAUCCCUACUUUCUCCCGUCCCUCUCUGCCCAUCUCCUCCCAUACCUCAGCCCUGUACACUGCAGCCCGCACCAAAAAUACACCUCAAGAAGGAUAUGCGUCCAACCAUGGCAUACAAAGUAAACUUUCUAUCUACAGAGAUGCUCCCAUUCAUCUGAGCGCUGCUGGAGGAAAUUUCACACCUUGUCAAACUUUCUGCAUUACAAAUUCAUCUUGUGUUUGUACACUGCAUUCUUCACCCCUGCUAAACAAUCAUUUCCUCUUAUGAUCCCAGGUGUCUCUUUAAUACCUUCAACUCUUUUCUUUGCUUUGUUCUGAUCACCUCCAAACUAACCUUUCGGCCAAUAGCUUUGCAUGCUAUUUUACUGACAAAAUCAACCAGUUAAGGAAAUAAUUAUUCCCUCUUCAUUUCUCUCUGUCUCCAUUGCACUUGGACAGUGCGUUUCCUACCCUUGAGGCCUUCUCCCCGUCUACUGAACAGGAGAUGGCACGCUUCUUUCCUCUCAUUCCACCACUUGUCCACUUGAUCCUGUCCCAUCUCACCUCAUCAGAUCUCUGAUCAGAUCUCAUCCUUAACGCAUAUCUUCAACCGCUCUCUUUUUUCUGACGUUGUCCCCUUUCCCCUUAAACAUGUUACUGUCCUACCCAUUCUGACAAAGCCAUCUCUUGAUCCAUCUUACCCUUCUAAUUACCGUCCAAUACCCAUGCUCCUCAAAGCUUCUGGAACGACUUGUCUUUACCUGUCUGGCAUUCUUUCUCAAUUCCAACUCUCUCUUUAACCCUCUUCAAUAGGCUUUCCAACCCGUCCAUUAUACUGAGACAGCUCUGAUUAAAGUAAUAAACAAUCUACUCGCUGCUAAAUCCAAAGGCCACUACUUUAUACUAAUUCUUCUAGACCUCUCUGUUGCCUUCGGCACAUUGAUCAUCUCCUUCUUUGACAAAUUCUUCAAUCCCUAUGUCUCUGUAACACUAUCCUCUUGUGGUUCUCGUCCUAUCUUUCCAAACAUUCAUUCGGUGUCUCCAUAGUUAAUGCUGUUGCCAGGCUCUUUUUUUUCUCUCGCAUUGCACUUCUCACACCUUGCCCCUCUUUUAAUUCUUACAUUGGCUUCCUGUACCCGAUUGGAGUCAAUUUAAAAUUCUAAACUUUACCUAUCAAGCUUUAAACAACUCUAACCCCUGUUACAUUUAUUCACUAAUUCCUAGGUAUGCCCCUUCUCGGUCUCUCUGCUCUAUCGGUGACCUUCUCCUGUCCGCUGCUCGCACCCAUACUGCAAACUCGCACUUGCAGGACUUCUCGAGGGCAGCUAUUUUCCUUUGGUACAGUCUGUCAACCACAUCAGACUCUCCACUAGUUUUCAAUCAUUUAAGAAGUCCCUCAAAACCCAUCUUUACAAAAAAAGCUUAUAGAGCUCCUUUUCUGCUACUCUCCCACAUUGCUGCUUGUUUGCUAUCCUCCACGCUGCCCUUCCUAUUGUGUUUUUACAUUCCACCGCGUCUAGAUUGUAAGUUUUUUUUGUUUGUUUGUUUUUUAUAGUAGGGUCCUCGUCAAUUUAUUGUUCCUGUAACAUUUUGUAAUUGUCUCAUGUAUGGUUUAUUUUCCCCCUUUAUAAUAUUGUACAGCACUAUGGAAUAAGUUGGUGCUAAAUAAAUGCCAAUAAUGGUAGUAAUAAUAAAACCUUAGGUAACCACACUGUGCUUGUCCGAUCCAACUAAAAGUGGAAACCGUUUUUUCAUGUAGGAUGUAGUCACAGCCAGGUGAUGUAUAGCUUGGGCUGCAUGAACAAAGACCAAAGUGAUUUAAUUCUUAAAUGGCAGAGUGGAACAGUGAGACUCCAGGGGCAUGAUCUAAACACCAAAACCAGUAAAUUAAAGGGACACUACAGGCAUCAAGACAACUUCAGCUUAAUGAAGCAGUUUUGGUGUAUUGAUCAUGCCCCUGCAGUCUCACUGCUCAAUUCUCUACCCUUUAGUAGUUAAAUCACCUUUGUUUUUUAUUUAUGCAGUCCUAGCCACAUCUCUCCUGUCUGUCACUGACACAAUCUGCAUGGAAUUAAAAAGUUUAAUUUUCAAUCAGAUGUAACUUUCUUUAAAAGUUUGUAUCUCAUGCUCUCUAAAUUGUACUUUUAAUCACAAACAGGAGGUUCCUGCAGUGUUUAGCAAGCUACUAACAGAGCAGGAGAUAAGAAAUUCUAAAUUAAACAGAAUUUGCAAUAAAGAAAGUGUAAACAUUAGAUGACUCUUUACAGGAAGUGCUUAGGAAAGCUGUGCACGUCACAUGCAUGGAGGUGUGAUUAGGGCAGCAUAAGCAAAGUGAUUUAACUCUGUCAUAAACUAAUCAAUAGGAUUCCCAGACGUUUCAAUAAAACCUGUAGAUUUCUUUGUGGAUAGUGCAUAUUAACCAAUGGGUUGCUUCUGCUGAAGGGACACUAUAGGCACCAAACCAACUCUAGCUUAAUGAAGCAGUAUUGCGGUACCGAUCAUGCCCAUGCAGUCUCACUGCACAAUUCUUUGCUAUUUAGGUGUCCUAUACACCUCCCUGCAUGUGACUUGCACAGCCUUCCUAAACACUUCAUGUGAAGAGACAUGUAAUGUUUACACUGUCUUUAUUGCGCAUUCUGUUUAACUUAGAAUUUUUCUCUUACUCUGUUAUUAGUCUUCUAGCCCCUGCAGGAGAUAAAAACCAAAGUUAACAUCACAUUGAAACUUAAACCCUUUUUUCAUGCAGGCAGUGUGUCAGAGAUGUGGCUAGAGCUGCAUGGACAGAAACAAGUUAUUUUUAACUCUUAAAUGACAGAGUAUUGACCAGAGAGAUUGCAGGGGCAUGAUCUAUAUACCAAAACUGCUUCAUUAAGCUAAAGUUGUUUUGGUGACUAUAGUGUCUCUUUAACUCUGCUGUGUAAAACAUUUUUGUAGAAAUUGCAAUCUUUUCAUUGCAGGAUUUAACACACCUCCAGUGGUUGUCACCCUGACUGCUACUAGAGGUACUUCCCCUGUGAGAACGGAUUGUCAGACUCUGUUUUCAUUCAAAUGUUGGUGCAGUUAGGUAAUUUGCUAUUCAUCCACACUAGCCUACUUCCCUAUGGGAAAGGAUUAGAUUGCAACUACGAUCAUCAGUUUUGCGCAGCUACAGCAAAAUGUCCAAUUUUCAGCCACGUUGCCUAGACAGUACUGGCUAAGCUAUUUGAUAUUCAUUUUAAAAGAAUAUAAAGUAUUAUAUCAAAAAGGUUAACACAGGAUAAAGGUGACUUGUGAUGUUUUAUUCAAUGGUGUAUGUGCUAGAAGUGACUGUUUGUUUUCCUUGUGCACUUCAGAUUGUAGUCACCAAAUGAUCUUAAGGUCAUAGGAAAUAAAACAAGUAGCAAUCAUAUAUGGGUUUAAUAGAAUGCCUAAAAUAGUACACAAAUUCUAGAGCUCCCUUCUCAGUCUCUCUGCUUGUGACCUUUUUCUGGCUGUACCCUUACGGCUAACUCGCGCUUGCAGGACUUAUCACUGGCGGCUCCCUUUGGAACAGCCAGCUUACCCCCAUCAAACUCUCCCCUAGUCUUCAAUUGUUUAAGUCCUUCAAAACACAUAGGUUCAGAAAUGGUUAUGGACUUCCAGAGUAACCUAUCUAUACUUAUCCAAAUCUGGCUCUUGCUCUCCUAGAAUCACACUUCACUCACCUCCAGCUCUGCGACUUUUCUACCUUGUUUGGUGACUGUCACUCUUGCUGCCCUAUUGUGUGUUUGUACCCUACCUCAUCUAGAGUAUGCUUGUUUGAGCAGGGUCCUCAUCUUCCUAUUGUUCCUGUGUAAUGGUCUCAUUUAUUGUAAAUAUCCCCCCCCCCUUUCAUAAUAUUUUAAAGCACUGCAGAAUUAGUUUAUACUAUAUAAAUAUUAGAUUAUAAAGGGAAUCAAUUCUAACAAACACCCCUUAAUUCUACAUAUAUUGCACCAUGUAUUAAUGGAUUUUAGAACAUGGCAAUAGUUAAAUUUUUUUACUAUUUUUAGUUCUCUUCGGUUAAAUCUGCAAAGAGCAUUACAAGACAGGACUGGUGCCCAAGUCAUAGAACAGUUAUGUUCUAAAAUAUAAAGGGCAUCAUUUUUGUAUUAGUAGGCACUGACAUAGCAUAUCCAGUUUUACUUUAACUAGAUUUCAGAUCUUCACCAUAAAAGAGGAGAGAUGGAUAAAAGGCAGAUAGCGGUGAGUACAAAGCAAGUUUUAAUAGCAAGUUGUGUGUAUAUAUAUAUAUAUAUAUUUAUAUAAAAAUUUUAUUUGCUAGAGGGGCACUACAGUAGUCUAUGUAUUUAAUUUCAAUGGGUAUUGGCUACUGUUGAGUGGGUAGGUUUUUUUUUUUAUUUCACUUCUAUCCUAGCUUGCAGGGUUUCCCUUUUUGCUCCAACUCAUGUCAUCUUGGCUUUGAUUUAAAUCAGGUAUUAGUUGGAAAAGCAAACCGUUAAACAAUUGCAUUACAACCAAUACAAACCUGUGCCCAUAACCUAUGUAUUUUUUAUAUAAAUACUGGGUCUCUCACAUGUUCUGAUUUUGUCAGUAUCUCCAUUUAAACUGAAAAUGCUUAAAUCUUGGAUGAUUGGCAACCACUGUAUUUUAUACCACUCUUACCCUUAGUUGAGUAAGAUCUCCAAGCUGCAACACUGGCUCUAGUUUAAAAAAGGACAAUCCAGGUAUGGUCUAACCCAACUUAUUAGCUGCAUGUUAGUGACGAGACAUGGCACAGAAUUAACAACUCUGUGGGGGGUAAACACAUUACUUAGUUGGAAAUCGAUCCAUUAUCUUCCCACUUUGUGAAGAUUCUAUCUGGUUAUUAUUGCCAUUUAUAUAGCGCCAACAGAUUCCGUAGCACUUUACAAUAUUAUGAAAGGGGAUUUAACUAUAAAUCGGACAAUUACAAAUAAACUUACAGGAACAAUAGGUUGAAGAGGACCCUGCUCAAUCGAGCUUACAUUCUAUAGGAGGUGGGGUGUAAAACACAUUAGGACAGGAAUGUGCAAUCAAAUAAGGUGGGCUGCCCUUUAGGAGAGGGCAAGAGACAGGUAUGUGAGGUAGGGGUUAGUCUUGGAGGCCAUAAGCUUUCCUAAAGAGAUGGGUUUUAAGGCACUUCUUAAAAGAUGCAAGACUAGGGGAGAGUCGGAUGGCGGUAGGCAGGCUAUUCCAUAGGAAGGGAGCCGCCCGCGAGAAGUCCUGCAAGCGCGAGUUGGCCGUACGGGUGCGGACAACGGACAGGAGGUGGUCACGGGCAGAGCGGAGAGACCGAGAAGGGACAUACCUGUGGAUCAGUGAGGAGAUAUAAGAGGGGCUAGAGUUGUUCAGUGCUUUAUAGGUGUGAGUUAGUGCCUUGAAUUGACUCCUAUAGCACACAGGAAGCCAAUGUAAGGACUGGCAGAGGGGUGAGGUGUGAGAGAACCGACUAGAGAGGAAAAUCAGUCUAGCAGCAGCAUUCAUUACAGACUGUAGGGGUGCAGUACGGCUUUUGGGAAGACCAAGCAGGAGAGGGUUACAAUAAUCCAUGCGUGAAAUUAUUAGAGCAUGGACAAGCUCCUUGGUAGUAUCUGGUGCAAGAAAGGGGCGGAUGCGGGCUAUGUUUUUAAGAUGGAAUCUACAGGAUUUGGCAACAUGCUGGAUGUGAGGCUCAAAGGUGAGACCAGAGUCAAGUAUGAUGCCAAGACAGCGCGCUUGCAAGGAUGGGCUGAUGUUGGUACCACAAACUUGAAGGGGGAGCGAGAGAGGAGGAUCAGUAUUAGGAGGAGGAAAGACAAGGAGCUCAGUUUUUGAGAGAUUGAGUUUCAGAAAGCAGGAGGACAUCCAGUCAGAUGGAAGAAAGGCAAGCAGUGACACGUUGCAGGACAGCAGGGGAGAGGUCCGGGGUGGAGAGAUAUAGCUGGGUGUCAUCAGCGUACAGGUGGUAGUGGAAACCAAAUGAGGUAAUAAGUUUGCCAAGAGAGGCAGGUUAAGAGCUAUUAAUACUAGUGCUCUCUUGCACUUGAAGUAUUUAAUAUAUGGUUAUGGUAAUGAAAUGGUAGAAGUCAUUGUGUUCCAGUGGUCAUUCCUCUCCUAUUGUCUUCAUAGAUUAAAGCCAUUGGGCAGACUGAGCUGAAUUCCAGUAACCCAGAGGAGGUGCUGCAACUCGCUGCUCAGAGACGGAAGAAGAGGUUUCUCCAAGCAAUGGGCAAGCUCUAUUUCUGAAGCUAAUGGCACCAGCCCCUGUACAGUGUUUAUAGAUAUUUACAAGAGACCAAAAUAAAUCAUCAUGUUUACUUUAAUACAUAUUUACAUUUGUGCACACGGUAUUCCUCCUAGAGGUGAAGUAUACAUUUACAGAACAUAUUUACAUAUUGUACAGAACAUUUGUCUAAAAACCAUUUGGCAGUGUGAAGCCAGGGCCAAAAAUAAAGUUACCAUUUUUCACAAUUAAAAGCUUUGCUAACAACACUAAGGAAAACAAAGGUUUGGAAUGCCACAUCAAUACUUUAAGCAUCUGCUGGGUGGGGAACCAAAAUAAAACCUGCAAUCAGGGCAAGACCACCCUAAGCUGGUAGAUUUCAUUAACCUUUUAUUUGCAGUAGGGUUUCACAGUUUCAAUUAAAUCUCAUCCCAAAACUUGCAGCUUUGACUUCAAUAUUAGCUUAAAAUAAAGCUAUAAAACACAAUAAAAACAUGCUCAUUGUUAAUUUAUCAUACACUAACAGAGCCAAGAUCUUAAGGUUACAUGAGGUUCUUUAGCAAGAUUAAGACCCUCCUGGCUGUUUAACAGAUGGACACUGCCUAGAACUGGAUUUUAACAGUAAAUUAAAAAUGCAACAGGUUAAACAUAAUAGCACACUUUUAGGUGGACAGUUUUAUUGUCAAACUUCCCUACAGAUCCCAGUUUAAAAAAAAAUAAAAAAUUAUAUGACCCCCACACAGGCAACAUUCUAGCACACACCCAGGAUAAAUCGUAAGACCAUUAUAUAAUUAAAAAAAAAAAAAAAAUUUAAAUAAAUUUUAAAUUGUAUGUAGGAUCCACUGGUCACAGGCACCUGUGAAGCUAGAAGCACCUGCAAAUUGUUUACCUCCACUGAGCUAAAUCAUGCAAUGCUAGCUCAUUGGCUGAAAGAGUCAUCUGAGCACACUCAGUGAAUGAGCCAAGUUCUGCACAGCCAUCCUAGAUCACAGCGCAUCCAUUAAAAGUUGUCAAAUAGUUUGACUACUUAUGGUGUAAAGGCAUCAUUAACUACAGCAGAUAGUGUUCCUUUAAAAUCAAAUAAACUCCAUAGGCAGGUAAUAAAGAGCGGAAUCAUACCCUCUUUCAACUUAAAUGCAGCAGUCAUUCCAAAAAUUUGCAAUCUAGUAUUUCACAUAAGUUAUGAACACAUGUAGGAAUAUCUUCGUACAGACAGUUGUAGCAUUUGAAUAUAAAAAUCAGAGCAUUAACAGUUGUAGCAAAUAUUACAUCAUAAAGAUUUGCAAAUAACAGCUGCCAUUUAGUAUAAAACCCAAAGACUAUGCUGUAGGGCAGUGGUUCCCAACCCAGUCCUCAUGUACCCAUACCACCACCCCUCCCCUUGACAUAACAUGGUAAUCCUGGAAUGGUAGGGGGUACUUGACUCUGUUGGAAACCCCUGCUCUAGUGGCAGGGGUGCCCAAAAAGUAGAUCCCCAGAUGUUUUAAAGCUACAAACAUCCAUGUUGCCUUGUCACUCUAAGACAUGCAAAGCAUGAGAGUUCUAGUUCUACAACAUCUGGGGGAUCUCACUUUUAGCCAGAGAAUCAUUUGCUACUUUCCACUUUAAGCAAUCACCGUGGAGGCCAAAUUAGAUGUUAAUUGCUCCAAUUUGUAACAAUUACUUAAUACAUAGCAAAUGCAAUAUAUUUAAAAAAAAAAAAAAAAUUAAAAAGGCAAUGCAUGUAACCCUUUGGCUGCAAGGGUCAUGUGGCAAAUUCCUGGCACUUUAUAGGUUAACUACACCCAUGCAAGAACCCUCCAUACCGUUUAAGCCUGUACAGUUAAAUGGCACCCUCCAAAAAUACAUCUCAAAUUAAAAUAGGAUUAAAACAAAUUCCUUUUAUACGCUGCAUUUAAAACAAGACAUUGCCAGCACCUGGAAACCAUGCAAUGUUAUACCGAGAAGGUGAGAGGGGAGAUUUAGUUCCCCCCUUAGCAAAGAAAGCAGCACCAUACCAGCUAUAUGAUAGAGACAAAAUAAUUUAACCAGUCAUUUAAACAUCCUUUCUUGGUUAAGAGAAAAAAAAAAAAAAAAACUGGCCGUGUCCAACAAGAAUCACAGGGGGAGACCGAGAAACUAAGCCACACAAGGUGAUCACCCUUGGAAGCAAAUGCAGUGUUUUUGCCCAAUUCCCAUGGAGACUACACUACAUCUGUAAGGAAAGCUCUGGUGUUCAAGUGACAGAACACAACUUUAAGGCAGUACAGCAAACCAAGGGUAGAAGCAAUAUGCAGAAACCUGCAUGUAUUUCAGGUUCUUUUGCUGAUAAGGCAGGUGUAUAACCAUCAGUUUAUAGGAUUAGAGCAGGGCACAUUGGCAGGUGUUUAAUUUUUUUUUGCAGGGGUAGGGGGAUAGAAAUAAAAUUAAAGUGACAGCUCAUCCCAGCAACAGAUGUGAGUCCAGAAGAAAGUGUUAAGAGUCCAAAAUUUGACAGAAUUCAUAUUGUUAAAAUAGUAACCUUUUAAAAAUUGAGCUGCCUGUAUAGCCAAGUUCCUGGACCCAAGAGUAGGGAGUACAAUACUGCAAUAAAUAAGUUAGCAAACUAGAGAGUGCAAGACAGGGCUCCUGCAUGAAAAUUGCCACAUAUUCCAAAACAUCCAGGAGACAUCUCGUUGUCCAGUAGACCGUAAAGCUUCACACAAGAGUUGAUGACAAAAAGGAAGUAGAGACAUCCAACUAGAAUAUUUUAUAGAGUAAUUUUCUCUGUACUUUUGGGUGGUGUCAAGAUACCUCCGACUGAGAGUGGAGAUUGUCCAUCAAGCAGAACAGUAACUCUGUG